AUGUUUCUUCUGCCAUCAUUGAUUGCUCUGGUCUUUUUAAAUUUCCGACCCUGCAACUGCCGUAAGUUAAGAAAUUAAAACAUUACCUUCGCACGCUUUAAGAGGGACGUCUUCUAGCUGUUCAGCAAGACACCAACAUCGACUAUCUUUUCGCGAUUGAUUCUUCCUAUGUGGUGCGUGAAUUAAUAACUGCUAACUAAUUUGAAACCUCUAAAAUAAAACAUGUUUACACAAUUUCUUUCUCGUAGUUUCAUUCGUCGACUUCCGGAUUUGUGCAGGGAACGGCACAACGUCCAUGUCAACCUCCGGCAAAUUGUGUAGAAUUUUACCCAGGUGUGUUGCUGAACCUCUUUUAUUGUUCUUCUUCAUUUCAACGUUCUUGAACGUCGACAUCAUAACCCCAUCCAAGACGGGUACUAUAUAAUUCAAAGUUAACAAGAUAUAUCUUUGAAUGUAGACUAGGAGUGGAAUGUAAAGUAGAUCCCAAUAAGUCCACUUACAUCUAUAGUAGAUGCACAUAGUAAUAAUUUGCAAUAGUUUUCUCAAGCCACAAGCCUAUAACAUAGUCAGCCCAACUAAACUUUCUUUUUCGACCUUUUAUUGACUUCUCUAUUAAAGAAAAGAGGAGUUUUAUGAUCAAGGCCGAGAGUCACGCAAACUACUCUGCGGUAAUUCUCACGCCCGAAGCAUCUGACCGAGCUCAAAUCGCAAUCGUCAUAGUGAAUGAGGGUGAAUUUUUUCCAGGUAUGUUUUAAAUGAUGCUCCAUUUGCCAAAACCUUGAAAGUUAGAACUUGUCUCUAAAAACAAGCUGCAUAAAACUGUACGUUAAUCAAGGAAAUGAUAACCUAUUAACUUAUCUCCCUGUUAAAUUCGUAGACCUUCGUGGCGUCCAGUUCAUAAAACCUGUUAUCUUCAAAUCAUUCAAUGAGAAUUCAUUUGGCGUGAUCUUGGAUGAAAAUGUAAAGGUAAUAGAAGAACAAAUAAAUUUUGUAUUUGUCUAACUGAUUUGAAACAAUGCGUUUUAACUUAGUCAGUCUGAAAUUCGAAAAUUCACUGCCCGGGAAGAUUUUAACUUAAGCAGUUUUGAUUGUUUUCAGGAAUUUAAACUCAUGGGAAACAUCAGCAAAUAUGGCUCGCCUUCAACCGGUACAGGCCUGGAAAUAGUUAUUCCCAAUGGUAAAUUACUUUCCACUUAAAUUGGCCAAAGAAGCGCCAAAAAUAUUUACCUCCAAUUUACAUUUUUAGAACGAGUUAACGGUGGGCAGUACAAAAUCAUGAGAGUUACAGGACGUGUGGCGACGCAACGUCUAUCAUUCUCCUUGACAGACAAUGCUGGAAACUCACCUACUUACGAUUUCACACCUAGCAGCAAUGCACCCAUUUUGAUGAUGCAAACACGUUUACUUCAGUGGCCGAAGACAUCCAAAACAUCAGGAGCAUUGGAACAUGCAAAAUGGAGCGCCUUGCUCAUAAGCGUGACUGCUUUGUAUACACUUUAAAAGGCAAGCAAAACAUAGGCCCGACGAGAACAUUGUUAAGCAGUCCUUAUCUUUGUGUCAUAAAAAUCCGUAUUUGAAUAGUGUUCGUUCUUUCAGUCUUCAAAGGGUUUGUUGCAUAGUUUUUAAGGUUAUCGUAUGUCAGUUUGAUAGGGGAAAAUUGACAGAACGCCAAAAUGAGGAAAGGAUAUGAAGCGAAAAGUGUUGAGUCUAAAGAAGUGAUAGAACUCAUAGCGCCAAAUUAAUCACGGUGCAGUUACGCCUUCGAGGGAAAAGAAGAAGAGGCCAUCAUAAGGUGUGUAUUCUACACAAAACCCCAGCCUGUUCGUGAGUGAAAAAGCGUCACAUGAAAAGCAGUCAGUGUGCGCUUGGUCGGUUGAUAGUGGAGUUUGUGGGCGCUUGCGAUUAACCAUCAGCGGGACUGAACUUGUUCUUGUGUUGCGGCAAGGGGCAGCGAUCAUGUAAUUCCUGUGGUGUGCGCCAGAGAUGAAAGGUUUAUUGCCGAGAGAGGUGAUGCAGAAUAACCUUCGACAAUGACCUAUUGCGAAAGAAGUAGUUUCCCUAGACUAAUAAACAAUAAAUGCGACCAUGCACACAGAAUACGUCCAGACUUGACUGGGUAGAUUAGGUGCUGGACUUAUGGAUGACGCCUCCAGAACGGAGCUUCAACUCCGACAGCAGAUUCCUGCUGGCAAUACAUUUAAAUGCCUUUCCGCCAGAUGAUUCAGCGUCGAAUUACAGCAAUUCAGAGGACAGGUCAGCAGAUAUAUACUCUCACUUCGAGUUGGAAUAGUCAACCUGGAGCUGAACUAAAAGUAGAUGCUUGGUCUAACUGACGAAAUUGUGGAAAAGUCAGCAACCUCGAUGUUAUAUGGAUCCACUUUAAGAGGGUCGACGCUGUGUUCUGAUAUACGCUUUUACAACCUCAGCAAUGAUGCCUCCAAUGGAAUGGAAGGAAUUCCGCACACGAUGGGAAGGGGACGCUUACUGAACACAAAUUUACAAUGGUUUAGUUAAUGAUUAAAAAGAAUAGGGAGAAUUGACUCGGAAUAUAGUGGGACCUGGAGGUUAUUCUAGGUUUAUGAGAUAGUACUGUAACUGCACCUUGUUUGGAUUCCGACUACAGAGGCGCUAAACACGGGUUGGAUUCCAAGGCAUGACAGAUUAGUCAGUCAGCUGCAUAACGGUGUGCAGAUUAACAAUCUUUCCAACAACUUUAGUUAAUUAUUCAAUGGACAAUUUGAAGUAAUGCUUGCUGGUCAAAAGCAAACAUUUUAUUCCGGUUAAACUUCUUAGAGUUUAUGCCAGCAAAUCUGAAAUUUUGAUGGUUUUGCCAAUACAAGGACCGAAACGCAGACAACUCGUCCGGUUUGAGGGAAAUAUAGAUUGGCAGUUUUCAAGUUGUGUGACCAAGAGUAUGAAAUGGCCGUUUAAAAUAUGCAGGUUUAUUAUGGCCUUGGUGUGCGAGGAGACGGUGAAGAACUACUGGGGAUAUAUAUAGCUUUCGGACGCAAGUUAUGUACACAAUCGCAUUGCUAUACCCGCAUGUUAGCACGCGUAAUGCUAGCAUGUCCUAAUUCCCACAGUGGACGCGACCGGUCCACUGCACCGUUAGACGACGUGAAACCACCAACGCCAUGACCAGUCUCCGUGAUUUCGUUCCUCCUUCAAAAUGUGUUCAAAGCCUCAGCGUAAUACCACGGCAGUUCGAGGGAUCACAAGUCCUUAUGCCUUGAAUACGGAACCCAAGGUUCGCAAACUUAUCUCCGUUUAUGUCGGAUGCUUGUUUGUGUGUGCGCAGGUACUUAUUGGCAUUUCCAGAUUCCGGUGGUUGGACCGGCUUGUCCUACUACGAAUGAACAAAAUCUUGGCUGCAGCAGUGAGAGGUUAGUCAUUCUUUUCAUUCGUCAGUACAACCUUCGCAUUCUCAGAUGUUAUUACUAAAUAAACUAAUUCCCUCCUCCUCGUAAUGCAUCAAAGGAGAAACGUCUUUUAUAGCUAUUGGGUAGAUAUAUGAAUAACGCCUGCGACCUAGUUUAUUUGUGCAUAUGAUUUAGUGAAAGUGUUCAGCUACAUGAAUAACUUUGGAUAAGGCCAGAUAUAGUAGAAUUACAGAGAAACUUUUUCUAUAGCAAAAUAAACGCAAAAUUCGGCGUUCGAUGUGUUUCAAUAUUAACCACGUCCAUGCAAUGGAAAGGCAUUGUGGCAUUGUCGUUUAUAUUUUCAACAGUUGUAAAUAUAAAACAUCAGGUUAUGUCCGCCAGCCAAAGAAGAAAACACAUUAAUCACAAGGACGUGGUUUGUGUUUGAACUAUUGGUGAACGUUGUGUCUUUGUUCACAAGCGUGCGGUGAGUGUUUUCUUUACUCCUUCGUAGAAGAUAACAUUUUAUACUUAAGGAAAGUGUUGACUUGGGUUUUUUAAAUGUUUUCUAUUGUGGGAUUAUUUAAAUCCGUUCGACGUCCAUUCAUACAGCAUCGUAUAUGUCCAUUUUUGAAUGCUUAUCAUGAAAAGCGCAGCACUGUUCUCAUCCAUUAUGAAUUUUAUGAACGCUCUGUGGCAUAAUCUUAAAGGCAUAGGGGAAUAUAGGCCUCCCUUUAUGCGAAAAACAUGUACCUUGUCGACUGAAUUCGGUAAAUGCCAAUGCAAUGGCUCAUCGUGCUCAAAAUUAUCCGGUAAUAAGGAAACUUGCUCAAAAUCUAAAUAUACCCUUUCUCCGGCUACACACUGAGAGAACAACAUCAUUCUCUCACAAAUGAGUAAAGGAAAGCAUGUUGAUUAGCGUUCUUCUUAUAAAACAUUUAAAUUUAUAAGACCACCAAAAAUCAAUGCAAACCUGCAGGCUAAUUAAGUAGUCAUAUUUUAACGCGUGCUGUUUCCACAGGAGUUUGAAAAAAGCGCAUUCAAAAGCGGACAUUCUGGCAAGUCUGAAACACUGUAGGAUUAUGCUGCAUGGUUAUUUAUUUUACAACUCUACCCAAGUGAGCCUUUUUACCGUACUCUAAAACAAAAGAGCACUUUUGUCCCUGUAUGGAAUUACGGCUAGCAACUUUCUUCCGUCACUGAAACCGACGCAUGCACAGUUUUCUUCGAUGAUUUUUAAAUUGGACCCACUACAUCCAUCACAUCUGUGCGCCAAUUAUUCUGCAGGAGUACUGCUAAUAGUCCUGCGUCAGACAUCUAUCUUCAUUUAUUGACCUGUUGCGUCGGUGAGCUAACAGGUCGUUGUCUUAUAUGCUAGUUUCGACCUGUACUUAUGUCCUGCGAUGCACAAAUCUUCUGUCCUACGAUGACAAAUCGUCUUAGAAUUCAAUAUACGUCAGCUCGUGGGGCAUGUGGUGAAAGUGAUUACAUUAUGCCGGAUGAAUUAUUUAUUCGUUAGUAAUCAAAACAGCUAUAUACUAAUACACCUCUUGGAAACCUUCGCAAACGUAAGGAUCCAUUGAUCGUUCCACAGAAAUUUUUAUUUGCACGGACAUGACAAAUUUUCGAAAUAAUAUUCCUAGGCCAUUAAGCAUGAUUGACUAGACUAUGUGGUCAGAAUCCAUUCAUCCCAACAGCACAUGGAAUCUUAGGAAUAAUCUACUUUGGCGCCGAAAACGGGAAGAUUACCGGUAGAAACCUCACAAAUAUUGGUCCCAUUCCGUGCUGAAUGUUGCUUUGCGCGGGCCGUUGCUACACGUCAGCUCACUUAGAAGGCUGUCGCAAUCUCAUGAAAAUAUCGACCGGUGCCAUUCAUCUAAGGCAAUAACAAAAAUCCCGCUCGGCACGAGGAGGACAAUUAAAAACCACCCGCACCCCAGAGACGUAGAGAAAAACUCUUUGAAUCACCAAACAAAGUCAUGCUAUGCCAAGACACCCACUGAUGCCUUAUCGUACACACGCCAGGCUAAAGAGUUAUGAUUUACGGCUUUUACGCAUUCUUGAAAAUGAAUCACUAGCCUGAAGCAACGCAGUCUAAAUUAAGCUUCCUUAGCUUGGGCAGAGUGCUUGUGAAGUUUUUAAAGACAGUCAAAUGAUCAUGCCUACGUCAUUGCCUACGUUAUUUUAUCAGUGGCGCUUAUGAAUUUCACAACACUGUCCGUCUUCGUUACAAAAAUAUAUAAACUAUGUAUGACUUCUUCUUAAAAGUACAAAGAAAACUACGUUGGUUUCAUAUUCGACAAAUAUAGAAUAUGCAGUUAAGUAGUCCUUAACACAAGUCGAGUUUAAAGUUUUGGAAAGUCGGAAAUAUCAUGAGUUCUGCAGGUACCCGUUGCAGAUAUUAUCGUUUGGCUAAAAAAGUCAAAAAAGUCUUGUUUUAUGCAUAUUUUAUAAAUUUCACAAUAACCUAAAACGGCACCAUAAAUCAAUACGAAGAAGUCAUAUUACAAGGGCGAUUUCAGCAGUCGGUUAGGAUAAAGCUCAUACGGAAUCCGGUACUUUGAACUGAUUAACAUACCAUUGGUUUAUGCUGUACGAUAAUUAAUACUGCAAUACCGCUUUAAAAAACAUGUACAUUCGGAAACGCGUUGCAGAAUCUUUAUUAGUAUUUUAUGAGAUAGCCCGCAUAUUGUAUGCUAAGAUUAAAAAUUGAAGGUUCGCCAGGUCUGCCUUAUUACAUUCAGCGUCCAGAUUCUGAUUCGAAAGCCGUCACUGGUUGUAUUUGCAGCUAAAUCAGCAAUGGGCCUAUGAAGCCUGUUCGUAUUGAGCGAGUGCUGAUUACAUUAUCUUUUCUUACACGCAGAGAAACACUUUCCCAGUUUAUAUGUGAUGCAUUAAUAAACGGACAGAAUGUUUACUUUGCACUCAUUUUAGUUCUCUACUUCUGGACACUGAAUGAGAAAUCCGUGAAUAUUUUAGAUGUGUCCAAGUAUUUCAAGGGAUAAUAGAGUAAUGGAAGCAAUCUUAUUAAACAUAUUGACGUCUUCCAUACCAUCUGGUGGGUCACGGGUUGUCAAACUCCAGCAUUUAUUCAUUUUGCAGUAUGGCCGACAAAACAUAACGUUAAGGUCUGGCCUUACGUUAAUAACAGAAUGGGUUAUGACCUUCGUUUAAUGAAGAAUACAUGCAGCCUUCAAAUUGGAAAUGGAAAGGCGAAAAAUGUGCGGCUGGUCAAUGCAUCGCCUGCCACAUCUAGAAGCCGCGUGUCUUGGUAAACCCGACAACUGCGACUCGCAUGCUGAGCGUUUGAACAGUUACUAUGAAAGAGAGAACGAAAGUGCAAUUAGCGCUUUGGUAACGCUUUUUGGAAUUUCGCGAAACGAUACUACCAAUCAUCGGAAGCAAAAAUACAAAUAAAUCGCAAAGCAUGCAAAUUAAUUCAUUACGAAUAGAAGCCAGGAUAUGACAAUUAGAAUUUUAGUAAACUGUGCAUUGAUGAGCGGUAUUUAUAGGAAAGCUGUCAAUGACGCCUCACUUUUAUAUUUCCUGUCAGACUGGUAUUUACGACCCAACGGGAACGCACGGAGGUUUUUGAAACAAGAUCAACAACCAGAAAGGCUGCAUCUUGUCAAACAUCAGAGAUAUUUCUGAGGAAUUUGAAGACGUCACGCGCAAACGGGACCCCACACUUAUCCCAUCUGUCUGAUCUCGCAAGUGGCCAGUCAGGUGCAGUUCGUCUCCUGAAAACUCGCAUCAUAAUAAGAUUAACUCACGAAAGUACGCUUGUCAACUUAAUGGACAGAGUUGGCACUCGAAGCUCCUAUUCCUAUAUUUUUCAGCGGGACCUUCGGCAUUGGUUAUAUCUUGAAUCAAUUAAAACAGUUCCAAAGAUUAACUGAGCUGUAAAACUGAAAAUAUGUCCCAAAAACUCCGUGCAAUAUCCGUUAAAACCUGAAUCCUGAAAAAAUGUAAGUUAUGCAAGAGGCUGGAUGUGCGCAUGACGCUUCCUGCAUAAUGUGUCCCGGCAACUAAGUGCAAUGUAGGUGGAUACAGUAGGUGGGCUAACUCAUGAAAUGUCAACCGAAAUUUAGAAAUGUGUUCUCGGUUCGAAAAGAUUAAUUAAGUAGAGUUGUGAAACUUGUCAUCAUACAGCAUAAUUGUACAAUAAGCCAGUUACCUCAGGGUGCCGGCUUUUGAAUGAAAUUAUUUUCGACUGCGUGCAAGAACUACACUCUGCAGCAUGCAAUUUUCUUAUAGAUUUUCGACACUCGUAAAAAUUCAAUGAUAUUUCAUGAAAAACAUGCAUGAAAAUAACCAUUCGUCUACGUAUUUGAUAGAAAACCACGUCUUCUUCAAAAUUUAUACCCAAAGGAUGGGUAUACUUUGGUUUUCAGAAAGAAUUUCUCAUUCCGGAAUAAUCCUGUAUCCGCAUUGCUCUUAUACUUGUAUACAGGGUUUCCAAACUACAAGCCAUAUAUUUUCCGUGUAUAGGAAAAUAUACAUUUCUUUACGAUAUUAAGAUGAGACCAUAUGAGGUUAAUUAAAAUUAAGUUGUGGAUUUGAGCAAUAUUGUGACCUUUACAAGUCACAUAGGUAAAUGGAGAUACAUGGAGUUUUAUGAACGGCCCUUCCACGGUAUUAAAAAAUUUCAUAAUUAGAACCUGUUUUGAGACCGAAUUAUACUACCCCUUCGAGUAUCAAAUUGAAAGAAGUCGUGGUUUUCUUCCGAAUAAGUGGACGAAUGAGUAUUUUCUUGCAUGUUUUUCAUGAAAUAUCAUUGAAUUUUUGCGGGUGUCGAAAAUCAAUGAAAAAAUUGCAGGCAGCAUAAGCAGUCAUUUUUUGCAGAGUGUAGUUCUUGCACGCAGUCGAAAAUAAGUUCGUUUGAACGCCGGCAGCCUGAGGUAACUGGUUCAUCAUACAAUUAUGCCGUAGGAUGAUUACUUUCACAACUCUUCUUAAUUUAUCUUUUCGAAACGAGAACACAUUUCGAAAUUUCGAUUGACAUUUCAUGAGUUAGCCCACCUACUGUAUGUCUAAGACCAAUAUAAUCGGUGGUGUUUUUCCCGAGAAAUAUUUGCGAUGACAGACAAAUGUAUGUUAAAGUGGUAUGCCUUCGGGACUCGCGCUUAUUAUCCGCCGACCAAUUUGGAAUUUUUUUUAUUGAAAAUAUGUAGUGAUUUCUUGCACCAAAUAUAGGUAAAUCUGCAUUUUAAAUUAAUUUAAUGUACCGAUGUAUAAUAAUUCUGCGGGAAAUGUCAUAUUGGAGAAGGACACUCAUUCUGGGAUUAUGUCUGUGUCUCAAUGCGAGUGUGAACUAAUACGUGCUGGGCCGGGGAUACUUUUCGUUGGACAGCUAGUCUAAACUACCCUCCCAAUGCGUGUUCUGUAAUGAAACCAACUAAUGGGCGUAGGCAUAUGUUCUUCCUCACCACUAAACUUAACUUAUAGGCAACAGUCCACAGUCAGUUUGCACUCCAUCUAUUUCCGAUGAGUAAAAUCCUGGGGCAACAGUUAACUGUCCACCAGUUCACACUACUCCCUGCACCGAUAGAAAAGUUGGUUAUGUCAAAUAAGUCAACAGUUUUUUCCUACUCUCUGCCUAUUGGCGGCUUGGUAAUAAUACGUGGUCAUUUUGGUGAAAAUAUUACCACUGCCUUCCCGAACGACCUUGAUGGUGUCUGGCAGUAAAGAAUUUCUGUGGCAGUUUGCGUCUCCUUGCCCUCCGCUGCUUGUCACGCUGCCCACCUGUCCACCUCAUACUCCCUGUCGAUCGACGCCAAUCAGCACUGUCUCUCCUUUGAUUGGCUGGCGGAGGGCAAGGAGACGUGAACUGCCACAAGUCAAACAUAUCGAUUUCUGAGCAAAAUACGGAGCAUGACGAUCCAUUGCCGUUUGACAUAUUCAAGUACGCACGCAAGGGUGUGACUGCCUAUGCAUGUCCAGUCCAAUUCAGCUCGGGUCAUUUGUGGGUAGUGUAGGUCUGCACCUUUGAAUUUGUAGCAUGUCAAAAAUUGGAAAAGUUGUCAAAAAAGGUAACAAAUAAUCGGAUAAGCGCCAGUUCUGUAUAGAUAGACGGACUGUUUCAAUUGUUAGUUGUUUGGAGUGCAGUGGAAGAAAGGUAUCCAAAGUGACAAUGAAUGCAUGGGUACAUGUCAGUAAGCGCAGGCGCUGGAUUGUAGACAAUAAUAAAUUUUACUAAAUAUGUUACCGAAAUAUAGGAAGUAGUAUCGAGAUGAUUGGGUUUGCGCUUUUGCCAAAGUUACAGAGGUUGGAUGGUAUUAUAGUGGACACCGCUGUACAAAUCCAGCUUCAUCUUAAAGACCUCGAGAAAAGCUGACAUAACGACAUCCAGAAUCAGAGUAUUCUAAGCUUCGAGCACUCCGGUGGAGAAGAUGAACUUUCAUGUGCCCAGCCCGACCCCGAUCACAUGUAGUUUGGAUGGAUGACCUAUUAGGUUGGUGGUUGUUGCUAACUCGAGGAAGUCCCCCAGUACUGUUCGCGUAUGAUAGGAAUUGAUUGUAUCAGGUCACCCCGUAACUGCCUGUAACACGAAGGACAGAGAUCAAGAUUACGUAACUGUGUUUCAUAGGGUAGCGAACCCUGUUCAGCCACAAGAUUUGUGCCACGCCUUUGAGCCCGUCCAAGGACGCUAAGGACUCUAAGCUUGGAUAGGAAACACGGAUUGCGGCAGAACAAACGUUCGAAAGACUUUAGCUAACCAGUCUUCGCCAAGGGCAGGGAAAGCCGGCUUGACAAGACAGACAACUGACAUUGCAGACUUGGCUGCCUUCGUGCACUGCAGCGAGGGUUUGAGCGAGAUCGUAAUCCAUAUUCCCAGGUCCUGCGAGUCCACUUCUUGCAGUGACAUAUCAUUUAGACAGAAAGCCAUUGGACUCAGAGAGCUGCUUCUGCCGACUUGAAAAAUAUUGCAGCUGUUCUCACUGGACGGUACUAUUGGAGUCGGUUAGGUUUGUCUGUAAAUGCUCUUCCUCGAAUGACGCUACAAAGCUUAAUAUCAUCCGCCAAACAUGGCGAAACCACCAUCCAGUUCACAAACGCGUCCAUUUACAUAAAACAUGAACAGAGUCGGAUAAAAAACUGAGUUUUGGGGAACGCCGCUUUCAACGGCAACCUCAGCCGACUGCUGGUCACCAACAUCAACAAAUUGAGAACGGUCAAAUUGGAAGCUUUGAAAUCAUUUUAAGAAAUUACCCUUAACGUCUGUUCAGUUUAGUUUGUGCAGGAGUCACUGAUGUGAGACACUAUCAAAUGCCUUUUUAAAGUCAAUAUAGAUUGCAUAAAUCUUAUUGUCUUCAUCAACUGACCGAGUUCAGCGUCCCAAACAGUUGAGCAAGUUAGUCACUUAAGAGCGGCCACUACGGAACCCAUGCUGCGCAUCAGAUAAUAGAUUAUGCUGCUCUAAGAAGCGCAUUAGAUCUCGCUUUAUUAUGUUUUCCAUAAUUUUGCAGCAGUUGGAAUUGGAGCUAAUUGGUCUGCAAUCUUCUUCAGAGGCCGUGCUUCCACCGUAGUAUAUCAGGCUGAUCCGCUAAGAUAACCAGACGGCCUCCAACGAAUCCAGGAAAAGCAUGGCCAGUGGUUUGGCUAUUUCAGUAAGGAGCUCUUUCAGUAACCUAGACGGUACGUAAUCUGGGACCGGUGAUUUCCACUUAUUUAGCGUCAUCAGCUCUUUACGAAAAGUCGCCUCAUCAAAAGAUACAGCCUCAAUUUUGGACCCUCAUCAAAGUCGUAGUCGAGAGUUGUAAAUGCGCUUUCGCGUGUAAAGAUAGAUUUAACAAAUUGUGAAAGGUGUCCAGUUUUUGCUCCAUCCUCACUAAUAUCUAGGUCCCCGCUUGUCAUUCAGGAGGUGGAAAGGAUCUCUGUUUCGCGUGCUGCUUCCUAUGUAAUUGCAGAAUAAUUUCCGAUUUUCCACAACAGGAUUCCGUAGGUUCCUCUGUGCUUUGUGUGCCUUUACGAACGCAGGUUUUCUCUCAGUGACAGAUUUCUGCCGCAAUCGCCGCCUUUUAUUUACUUCCUAUUUUGACGCCUGAGUCAUCCACCGGGGUCGCUUAUUUAGCCCCGUCCGUGAACCUUUUCCAAUCCUCCGCUAUAUUUCCGCAAAUGACUUAUUCCCAAUCUGUAUUGUUGACUUCGACCUUCAUUUGGUUAAACUCCCCACGCAAAAUAUUUCUAAUAAUUUUGGUGGGCUGUUAAGGUAGGGAAAAGAUUGAAUAGUCCCAUUGAAGUACGACGUGAUCGCUUCGACCUAGGGGAGGCAGACAUUGCAUCCCAUUUAUGCUGUCAGCCACUGGAGCCGUUUCCAGUGCCUUGCACGCGGUUCUUGCAACCUUAUACUUUAAAAGACGUUUGAGGUCUUCUUUAAUUUCCGUGGAAUCUAAUGCGCAAACUUAGAGUUAAUCUUUCGAAACAUAACUUUUCAAGCACGGCCAGAAUUUCGCUAUGAGCAUUUGAGCUGAAAUCCAUCAAAGAGAAGGUGUGGCGAGUGCGAAGAUACUAAGCAUGCCCGAUUCAACUAUGGUGACGUUUACUUCCAAAUGCACUGACCAAUGGCCUAAUAAACUACGGCUACCUACUACGACGCAAAUGCUGUACAAAACGUGUGAAAUAUAACAUGAUAUUUUAAGGACGCGCACAGUUCAAUAUGCAGUCUCAAGCAAUGUGAAAUGUCAUCAGUAUUCAGAAAUAAACGCACGAAUGCAAACAUCAUAAUUCAACGUAUUAACUGGUCCUCUAACAGGAAGGUCACGGAACAGAAGAUACAAAACACCUCUACUAACGUCUCCCAAAUAAAGACUAUCUGCAAUCCUUUCAAUUCCCAAGGUGCAUUAGUUACGUUCACUCGCGAAAUAUUAAACUAAAUUCCGAAAUGCGUUUUCCUUUCGAAAGGACUAAUCAAGUUGCGUUGUACAAGUUGUGACCGUAUAACGCUAUUCUAUAAUAAUCUAGUUACUUCGGGAUGCCAGCUUUCGAGCAAACGUCUUUUUGUUUGCAGGCAAAAGUCAUACUCUGCAAAAAAUGAGUACUUACGUAGCAUGAAUGUUUCUCAUUUAUUUUCGAGGCCCCUAAAAAUUUAAUUAUAUUUCAUAGAAAAUAUGUAAAGCAAUAUUCCCUCUUCUAUUCAUUCGGUAAAAAUGAUGUUCUCCCGACGUUUACACUCGAAAAAUAUUACAAUUUGGUUUUGAAAAUUCUUUCCAAAUCCCGAAUAAUUUUGAACCCUAUCUGCCGUUGCAGGGUUUCCAAACUACAAACCGCAUAUCUUCUGGGUACAGAAAACUCUAUAUUUCUUUAAGGUAUUAUGAGGAGACCAUAUAAGGUUCAUAGAGCUUAGUAGUGGAUCAGAGCCAUAUUGUUCACUUCAUAAGCCACAUUAGUAAAUGUAGAGCAAUGAAGUUUUAUGAAUGGCCAUUUCAAAGUAGUAAAAAACCUCACAAUUAGAAACGUCUUUAAAACCGAUUAACAACAUUUUUGUCGAGUAUACAUUUGAAAGAUUACAUGCUUUUCUACUGAAUGAGCCCCAAAAUGAAUAUUUUUAUAAAUAUCUUCUAUGAAACAUGAUUAAAUUUUUAUGAACAUCGACACUAAAUGAGAAAAUUGCACAGCGAACAAGCAGUCCUUUUGGCAGAGUAUAGUUUCUGCAUGCAGAUGAUAAGACGUUCGUUCCGAAACCGUCAUCCUGAGAUAACUAAAUUAUUAUAGACUUACGCUGCACGAUGAUUAGUUCUACAUCCCCACUUAGAUAAUCUUUUCCAAACGAAAACGCAUUUCUGAAUUUCGUUUGACAUUUCAGGAGUUAGCCCACCUAGUGUAUCACUUCUUGGCAACGCCAGUAGGUAGUGCUGUAACCGUGUUUUGGGACGCGAGAUGGAUGAACGCAGUAGACUAAAAACGAGCAAAAACCAACUGUCAAAAUAACAGUUGACGCAUUGCGCGAAUACAGCCUUGGCUACGAUGAUGAGACACUGUUAGAUAUCAUAGUCGACACCUAGCAGCAUCGGCAAGCCGGAAGAGCAGGAAAACCUACGUCGUCGUUAAUUGUAUCUUUACGCGUAGGAUGUUAUAACGGCCUUAGCAGUUUUUGUUAUUGUCAGCGCAUUUUGAACCACAAUUUAGGUUUGUUUUUACAGAUUUCAUUAACCGAUUCUCUAGCAGAAUAAUGCAGAAGCCAUGCUCACCGCCAUGGAUCAGAGGAUAAAAAACUCCUUUUUUUGACGUCUUUUAAUAAAGACACUCUGGAGUCCUUUCAAGGCUUGAGGUAAGAUUUCUUGGCAGCGAAAUUACGGAGUCUCGUAACUGUGCUGCGAGAUGCGAGACCUACGCCCGUAGGGGACUAAAAAGGAAAUAAAAAAUAACUCUCAAAUUAAAACGUGACGCAUUUCAUGAAUAUACCAUUUGCUACGAUGAAGAGGCCUCGUUGAAUAGCAGGGUUAACGCUUAGAUCAUCGGCAGGCCGAAGGAGCAUUUGUUAACUCCAAUUAGGAAAAUCUACGUCGUCGUUAAUUUUAUUUUUAGACGUAGAAUAUUAAAACGGUCUUAACAGUUUUGUUAAUGCCAGCAUCUUUAGAAAUACUAUUUGGAUUUGUUUUAACAGAUUUCAGCGUACUGCAAGGUAUGGUAAUUCAUGCGGUAACACGUUGACAUGCGGUUGAGGGUAAAGAUACCUCCUACUUUGUGAAUGCAAUUUAAUAGCUUUCGAUAGAUUAUCACACUUAUUGGGCAAAAUCAAUAACCUCAAGCAAGUGUCUUGUGGUAAUACGCAAUCUGAACGUCACUGUGUCCGAAGAAAUCGCCCUACCAUUCCCCUGUAAACAAGUAGGUGACGCAGCAUUCUGUAGAUUUGCACAAUAUGCCUCAUAUCGCCCGAUUGCAUAUUUCCGAAAAUUCGACUGUAUUUUGCAAGCUACUAAGAAAGUUGAGUUUAAUGUAUCAAUCAAAAAGGCUACUAGAUUGAGGGCAUUAGAGAUGCAGACAUAAUCGUGGAUGUGAGAAGUAAGAAAUGACUAGUCAAUUAAAACUCAACUUGCCAGUGCACAGUAGCCUUCCUAAUCUUGAUGGCAAGUCAAGUACAGUAAUCGUUCGCUAGCUCCUUCUCUGACUUUCCCGGCAUCACUCUAUUGCGGAUCGUCAAGCCACGCAUGCCUAGAUACAGAUCGUGACCGCCCUCAUGAAAUGUUGGCCACAAUUAUGCAAUGCCUGCUCGAUUUAAAAGGCUUACUAAGGUGAACCUGCAUUAUUUAUUAGCAUGCAGCAUAGUCCUGUAGUUUUUCGUGCUUGUCAUGGUGUCGGCUUUUAAAUACACUUUUUUCGGCUUCCUGCAGCAAAUACACACGGUAACAAUGACUACUGAAUUAGCACUCACCUUUCACAUUAGUUUUCGAUGGUCAUAUAAAUUCACAUAUACGUUUUGUAUAACUUGCACCAAAAUAUGCCUUCUUCUACGUGUUUAAUGAAAAAUCACAUUGCCGUAACAUUCUAUGACCGAGAAAAAUGUUUCAAAGUUCCUGAAUAAUUUCGAGCCUGAUCAGCGUUGGCAUUUUGUAAGUUCACACUACAAUGUUUAUCCUUUCGAGUAAAGAACAUCACAUAUUCCUCUAUGCCGAUUAGAAGAUAUUAUAUGAAGUUCUAAAAUGUUGUAAUGGAUGCAGACUAUGUUGGACAUUUCAUGAGGAACAUUGAUAAACGGACAUGUGCGAUGUUGUGUGUAUUGGCAUCGCAGAUCUAAAAAAUCCCAUACUAAGAAACUGUUACAAAACCUAAAUAUACACUAUCCUCGGGUAUGAUAUUUUGCGACAAUGGGAUUUUCUGCAAAACGGGUAAAAGAAACCGUAUUCUUAUGCACAUUUUCUAUAAAACAUGUUUGGCUUUCUAAGACCAUCGAAAAUCGAUGUAAAAAGGGCAUGCCAAUUCAGUAGUCAUUUUUUAUGAAUGUGGUUUCUUUAGUAGGACGAAAAGGAAUGCAUUUAAAAGCCAACAUCCUGGCGAGCACGAAAUACUACAGGAUUAUGCUGCGUGCUAAACAGUGCUACAGCUCCACAUUAGUACUCCCUCCAAAUCGAAAGGGCAUUUCAACAUUUCGGCCAACAUUUCAUGACAUCGGUCACACACUGUACAUAGUGUGGAAUGUAAGUUCGUUCGCGUCUCUCUUAUGUGUUUCCUCGGGUGGUUUGGCAAGUUAUUUUUCUAAACAUUAAGUCGACGAUUGUAGUUUUUCAAAUAUGUAUUAUUGCAUUGCAUUUAUAACUGUACUGUGUAAUAAAUAAAACUACUUAACGAUAUACACACAUAUAGCUGUGAGUAGUAUAUACAAGAUGUGAACAACUACAUAAUUUCAAUGAAUGUUAUCUAGUAUCUACGCGACUGUAAGGGGUUUAUGCUGUAUAACUGUGUAAAAAGUGUUUGAAGUGAGCACGAUGGUGUAUAAGGGAGUAAGGUAUGUAAAAAUAGACACAAAACGAACGAUAUUUAAUUGGCGGACUUUAGCUUUUCGCAGGGGUCUUGGAAAGGAAUCGCCGCGAUCCAACAAAGGUCAUUAAAUUAAUUUACCGCUGCCAGUGAAAAGGGAACAUGCACAGAAUUUAUAAGUCACCUUAAAAUUGGUAUGUACACAAAACGUUUAAAUUUGCGCUUAUUCCGUUUCAGGCCCACGAUCAAUAAUCAUGCUUGGUGCAGCCCCUUUCUCGCUGCGCGUACUGUGGCCUCCACGAGAGGAUAGUCAAUUAGCAUGAUGUCAGCGCAAUUUCACACCAUCACAUGCACGCUAUCACGACCACCGCCGGUGGGGUGUUCAUGGUCAAGGAAUUUCCGUUGUCCUAUUAUUGGUGUGCAUGAGGCGAUGCAAAACAACCGUAAAAACAAUGCGCGACUCGUAUGGUAGAAGACGGCCUUGCCUACACCAGGUACACUUUCCGCUAGUGCUCCUCUCACGGCAGUAUAAAUAUAUCUGCUAAAAGCAGAAGGACCAUAUAUUUCCGUCUACCCAACGGUUUCAAUUUCGUGCCGACUGACAUUUUAGUUUGAGCGACAUCCAAUGUUUCUUCUGCCAUUAUUGACUGCUCUGGUCUUUUUAAAUUUCCGACCCUGCAACUGCCGUAAGUUAAGAAAGUAAAACAUUACCUUCACACGCUUUAAGAGGGACGUCUUCUAGCUGUUCAGCAAGACACCAACAUCGACUAUCUUUUCGCGAUUGAUUCAAGCUAUGUGGUAUGUGAAUUAAUGACUGCUAACUAAUUUGAAACCUCUAAAAUAAAACAUGUUUACACAAUUUCUUUCUCGUAGUUUCAUUCGUCGACUUCCGGAUUUGUGCAGGGAACGGCACAACGUCCAUGUCAACCUCCGGCAAAUUGUGUAGAAUUUUACCCAGGUGUGUUGCUGAACCUCUUUUAUUGUUCUUCUUCAUUCCAACGUUCUUGAACGUCGACAUCAUAACCCCAUCCAAGACGGGUACUAUAUAAUUCAAAGUUAACAAGAUAUAUCUUUGAAUUUAGACUAGGAGUGGAAUGUAAAGUAGAUCGCAAUAAGACCACUUACAGCUAUAGUAGAUGCACAUAGUUAUAAUUUGCAAUAGUUUUCUCAAGCCACAAGCCUAUGACAUAGUCAGCCAAAAAAACUUUCUUUUGUGAACUUUUAUUGACUUCUCUAUUAAAGAAAAGAGGAGUUUUAUGAUCAAGGCCGACAGUCACGCAAACUACUCUGCGGUAAUUCUCACGCCCGAAGCAUCUGACCGAGCUCCAAUCGCAAUCGUCAUAGUGAAUGAGGGUGAAUUUUUUCCAGGUAUGUUUUAAAUGAUGCUCCAUUUGCCAAAACUUUGAAACGCAGAACUUGUCUCUAAAAAUAAGCUGCAUAAAACUGUACGUUAAUCAAGGAAAUGAUAACCUAUUAACUUAUCUCCCUGUUAAAUCCAUAGAACUUCGUGGCGUCCAGUUCAUAAAACCUGUUAUCUUCAAAUCAUUCAAUGAGAAUUCAUUUGGCGUGAUCUUGGAUGAAAAUGUAAAGGUAAUAGAAGAACAAAUAAAUUUUGUAUUUGUCUAACUGAUUUGAAACAAUGCGUUUUAACUUAGUCAGUCUGAAAUUCGAAAAUUCACUGCCCCGGAAGAUUUUAACUUAAUCAGGUUUGAUUUUUUUCAGGAAUUUAAACUCAUGGGAAACAUCAGCAAAUAUGGCUCGCCUUCAACCGGUACAGGCCUGGAAAUAGUUAUUCCCAAUGGUAAAUUACUUUCCACUUAAUUGGACAAAGAAGCGCCAAAAAUAUUUACCUCCAGUUUACAUUUUUAGAACGAGUUAACGGUGGGCAGUACAAAAUCAUGAGAGUUACAGGACGUGUGGCGACGCAACGUCUAUCAUUCUCCUUGACAGACAAUGCUGGAAACUCACCUACUUACGAUUUCACACCUAGCAGCAAUGCACCCAUUUUGAUGAUGCAAACACGUUUACUUCAGUGGCCGAAGACAUCCAAAACAUCAGGAGCAUUGGAACAUGCAAAAUGGAGCGCCUUGCUUAUAAGCGUGACUGCCUUGUAUACAUUUUAAGAAGCAAGCAAAACAUAGGCCCGUCGAGAACAUUGUUAAGCAGUCCUUGUCUUUUUGUCAUUAAAAUCCGUAUUUGAAUAGUGUUCGUUCUUUCAGUCUUCAAAGGGUUUGUUGAAUAGUUUUUUAGGCUAUCGUAUGUCAGUUUGAUAGUGGAAAAUUGACAAAACGCUAAAAUGUGGAAAGGAUAUUAAGCGAAAAUUGUUGACUCUAAAGAAGUGAGAAAACUCACAGCACCAAAAUAAUCACGGUGCAGUUACGCCUUCGUGGGAAAAGAAGAAGAGGCCAUCAUAAGGUGUGUAUUCUACACAAAACCCCAGCCUGUUCGUGAGUGAAAAAGCGUCACAUGAAAAGCAGUCAGUGUGAGCUUGGUCGGCUGAUAGUGGAGUUUGUGGGCGCCUGCGAUUAAUCAUCAGCGGGACUGAACUUUUUCUUGUGUUGUUGCCGGGCGCCGUGAUCAUGUAAUUCCUGUGUUGGGCACCAGAGAUGAAAGGCUGAUUGCCGAGAGAGGUGAUGCAGAAUGACCUUCUACAAUGACCUAUUGCGAAAGAAGUAGUUGCCCUAGACUAAUAAACAAUAAAUGCGAUUAUGCACACAGAAUACGUCCAGACUUGACUGGGUAUAAUGGGCGCUGGACUUAUGGAUGACGCCUCCAGAACGGAGCUUCAACUCCGACAGCAGAUUCCCGCUGGCAAUACAUUUAAAUGCCUUUCCGCCAGAUGAUUCAGCGUCGAAUUACAGCAAUUCAGAGGACAGGUCAGCAGAUAUAUACUCUCACUUCGAGUUGGAAUAGUCAACCUGGAGCUGAACUAAAAGUAGAUGCUUGGUCUAACUGACGAAAUUGUGGAAAAGUCAGCAACCUUGAUGUUAUAUUGAUCCACUUUAAGAGGGUCGACGCUGUGUUCUGAAAAACGCUUUUACAACCUCAGCAAUGAUGCCUCCAAUGGAAUGGAAGGAAUUCCGCACACGAUGGGAAGGGGACGCUCACUGAACAAAAAUUGACAAGGGUUUAGUCAAGGAUUGAAAAGAUUAGGGCGAAUUGACUCGGGAUGUGCUGGGUCCUGGAGAUUUUUCUAGGUUUAUGAGAUGGUAAUGUAAAUGCACCUUGUUUAGAUUCCGACUACUGAGGCGCUAAACACGGGCUGGAUUGCAAGGCAUGACAGAUAAAUCAGUCAGCUGCAUAACGGUGUGCAGAUUAACAAUCUUACUAACAACUUUAUUUAAUUAUUCAAUGGACAAUUUGAAGUAAUGCUUGUUGGUCAAAUGCAAACUAUUUAUUCAGGUUAAACUUCUUAGAGUUUAUGCCAGCAAAUCUGAAAUUUUGAUGGUUUUGCGAAUACAAGGACCGAAACGCAGACAACUCGUCCGGUUUGAGGGAAAUAUAGAUUGGUAGUUUUCAAGUUGUGUGACCAAGAGUAUGAAAUGGCCGUUUAAAAGAUGCAGGUUUAUUAUGGACUUGGUGUGCGAGGAGACGGUGAAGAACUACUGGGGAUACAUAUAGCUUUCGGACGCAAGUUAUGUAAACAAUCGCACCUCUAUAACCGCAUGUUAGCACGCGUAAUGCUAGCAUGUCCUAAUUCCCACAGUGGACGCGACCGGUCCACUGCACCGUUAGACGGCGUGAAACCACCAACGCCAUGACCAGUCUCCGUGAUAUCGUUCCUCCUUCAAAAUGUGUUCAAAGCCUCAGCGUCAUACCACGGCAGUUCGAGGGAUCACAAGUCCUUAUGCCUUGAAUACGGAACCCACGGUUCGCAAACUUGUCUCCGUUUGUAUUUAAUGCUUGUCUGUGUGUUCGCAGGAACUUGUUGACAUUUUCAGAUUCCAGUGGUUGGACCGGCUUGUCCUAGUCCGAAUGAACUAAAUGUAGUCUGAAACAGUUAGACCUCAGUCAUUCUGUUCAUUCGUCAGUACAACCUUCGCAUUCUCAGAUGUUAUUACUAAAUAAACUAAGCCCCGCCGCCUCGCAAUGCAUCAAUGGAGAAUGGAAUGGAAGGAAUUCCGCACACGAUAGUAAGGGGACGCUUACUGAACACAAAUUGACAAGGGUUUAGUCAAGGAUUGGAAAUAAUAGGGCGAAUUGACUCGGAAUGUAGUGGGACCUGGAGGUUAUUCUAGGUUUAUGAGAUAGUACUGUAACUGCACCUUGUUUGGAUUCCGACUACUGAGGCGCUGGUCAAAUGCAAACAUUUUCUUCAGUUUAAACUUCUAAGAGUUUAUGACAGCAAAUCUGAAAUUUUGAUGGUUUUGCGAAUACAAGGACCGAAACGGAGACAACUCGUCCGGUUUGAGGGAAAUGUAGAUUGGCAGUUUUCAAGUUGUGUGACCAAGAGUAUGAAAUGGCCGUUUAAAAUAUGCAGGUUUAUUAUGGCCUUCGUGUGCGAGGAGACGGUGAAGAACUACUGGGGAUACAUAUAGCUUUCGGACGCAAGUUAUGUAAACAAUCGCAUUGCUAUACCCGCAUGUUAGCACGCGUAAUGCUAGCAUGUCCUGAUUCUCACAAUGGACGCGACCGGUCCACUGCACCGUUGGACGGCGUGAAUUCACCAACGCCAUGACCAGUCUCCGUGGUUUUAUUCCUCCUUUAAACUGUGUUCAAAGCCUCAGCGUGAUUCCACCGCAGUUCGAGGGAUCACAAGUCCUUAUGCCUUGAAUACGGAACCCAAGAUUCGCAAACUUAUAUCCGUUUGUGUCUGAUGCUUGUUCGUGUGUGCGCAGGUACUUAUUGGCAUUUGCAGAUUCCGGUGGUUGGAACGGCUUGUCCUAGUCCGAAUGAACAAAAUGUUGGCUGAAACAGUGAGAGGUUAGUCAUUCCGCCCUUUUACAAGUAAAAUCCUUGCAUCCUCUGAUGUUAUUACUAAAUAAACUACGUCUCAACUCCUCGUAAUGCAUCAAUGGAGAAACGUCUUUUAUAGCUCUUAGGUAGAUAUAUGAAUAACGCCUGCGACCUAGUUUAUUUGUGCAUAUGAUUUAGUGAAUGUGUUCAACUCCAUGAUCCACUUUGGAUAAGGCCAGAUAUAGUAGAAUUACAGAGAAACAUUUUCUAAGGCACAAUAAAUGCGAAAGUCGGCAUUCGAUGUGUUUCAAUAGAAACCACGGCCAUGCAAUGGAAAGGCAUUAUGACAUUGUCGUUUAUAUUUUCAGCAGUUAUAAAUAUAAAACAUCAGGUUAUGUCCGCCAGCCAAAUAAGAAAACACAUUAAUCACAAGGACGUGGUUUGGGUUUGAACUAUUGGUGAACGUUGUGUCUUUGUUCACAAGCGUGCGGUGAGUGUUUUCUUUACUUCUUCAUAGAGGAUUACAUUUUAUACUUAAGGAAAGAGUUGAUUUAGGUUUAUUAAAAGUUGUCUAUUAUGGGAUUAUUUAAAUCCGUUCGACAUCAAUUCAAACAGCAUCGUAUAUGUCCAUUUUUGAAUGCUUAUCAUGAAAAACACAGCACUGUUCUCAUCCAGUAUGUAUUUUAUGAACGCCUUGUGGCAUAAUCUUAAAGGCAUAGGGAAAUAUAGGCAUCCCUUUAUGCAAAAAGCGUGUACCUUGUCGAGGGAAGUCGCUAAAUGCCAAUGCAACGGCUCAUCGUGCUCAAACUUAUCCGGUUAUAAGUAAACUUGCUCAAAACCUAAAUAUACCCUUUCUUCGGCUACACGCUGUGAGAACAACAUAAUUCUCUCUCAAAUGAGUGAAAGAAAGCCUGUUAAAUUGCGUUCUUCUUAUAAAACAUUUAAAUUUAUAUGACUUCCUAAAAUCAAUGUAAACCUGCAUGCUAAUUAAGUAAUCAUAUUUUAACGCGUGCUGUUUCCACAGCAGGUUGAAAAAAGCGCAUUCAAAAGCGGACAUUCUGGCAAGUCAGAAACACUGUAGGAUUAUGCUGCAUGGUUAUUUAUAUUACAACUCCACCAAAGUGAGCCCUUUUACCGUACUCUAAAACGAAAAAGCACUUUGUCACUGUAUGGGAUUACGGCUAAUAAGUUUCUGCCGUUACUAAAACCGAAGCAUGCACAGUUUUCUUCUAUGAUUUUUAAAUUGGACCCACUACAUUCAUCACAUCCUGCUUUGCACAGUGUUCAUGACAAAUCGCCUUAGAAUCCAAUAUACGUCAGCUCGUGGUGCAUGUGGUGAAAGUGAGUACAUUAUGUCGGAUGAAUUAUUUAGUCGUUAGUGAUCAAAACAUCUUUAUACUAAUACACACUUUGGAAACCUUUGCAAACGUAAGGAUCCAUUGAUCGUUCCACAGAAAUUUUUAUUUGCACGUACUUGACAUAUUGGAAAGGUAAUACCGACAAAGACAAGGGAGACCGGAAUGGCCAUUUCUGGCUUAUUAGCCGUCAUCAGCCGUCAUCAUCAGACUUGACAUAUUUUCGAAAUAAUAUUCCUAGACCAUCAAGCAUGACUCCUUCGACUAUGGGGUCGGAAUCCAUUCAUCCCAACAGCACAGGCAAUCUUAGAAAAAAUCUACUUUGGCGCCGAUAACGGGAAGAUUAGCAGUAGCAAACCCACAAAACUUCGCCCCACUCCGUGCUGAAUGUUGCUUUGCGCGGGCCGUUGCGACACGUCAGCUCACUUAGAAGGCUGUCGCAAUCUCAUGAAAAUAUCGACCGGUGCCAUUCAUCUAAGGCAACAACAAAAAUCCGUUAGGCACGAGGAGGACAAUUAAAAACCACCCGCACCCCAGAGACGUAGAGAAAAACACUUUGUAGCAUCAAACAAAGUCCUGCUAUGCCAAGACACCCACUGAUGUCUCAUCGUACACACGUCAGGCUAAGGAGUUAUGAUUUACGGCUUUUAUGCUUUCUUGAAAAUGAAUCGCUAGCCUGAAGCAACGCAGUCUAAAUUAAGCUUCCUUAGCUUGGGCGGAGUGCUUGGGAAGUUUAUAAAGACAGUCAAAUGAUCAAGCCUACGUCAUUGCCUACAUUCUUAUUCACAGUGGCGCUUAUCAAUUACACAACAUUGUCGGUUUUGAUUACAAAUAUUUCUGAGCUAUGUAUGACUUCUUCUUAAAAGGACUAAGAGAACACGUUGGUUUAUUACUCGGAAAAUAUAGAACAUGUAGUUGAGUAGCCCUAAACAAAAGUCAAGUCUUUAGUUUUGGAAAAUCGAAAAUAUUAUGAGUUUUGCAGGUACCCGUUGAAGAUAUAAUCGUUUGGCAAAAAAGUCAAAAAAGACCUUUUUUAUGCAUAUUUUUAUAAAAUUCACCAUAACCUAAAAUGGCACCAUAAAUCAAUACGGAGAAUUCAUAUACCGAGCGCAAUUUUAGGCAGUGGGAUAAGAUAAAGCGCAUACGGAAUCCGGUAGUUUGAACUGAAUAACAUAUCUUUGGUUUAUGCUGUACGAUAAUUAAUACUGCAAUACCGCUUCAAAAAACAUGUACAUUCGGAAACGCGUUGCAGAAUCUUAAUUAGUAUUUUUGAGAUAGCCCGCAUAUUGUAUGCUAAGAUUGAAAAUCGAAGGUUCGCCAGGUCUACCUUAUUGGAUUCAGCGUCAAAAUCCAGAUUCAAAAGAGAUCGCUAGUCAAAUUGACAGUUAAAUCAGCAGUCGGCCUAUGAAGCCUGUUCGUAUUGAGCGAGUGCGGAUUACAUUAUGUUUUCUUAAACGCAGGGAACCACUUUCCCAAUUUAUAUGUGAUGCAUUGAUAAACGGACAGAAUGUUUACUUUGCACUCCUUAUAGUUCUCUACUUCUGGACAAUGAAGGAGAAAUCCGUGAAUAUUUUAUGUGUGCCCAAUUAUUUCAAGGCAUAAAAGAGUAAUGGAAGUAAUCUUAUUAAACAUAUUGACGUCUUCUAUACCAUCUGAUGGGUCACGUGUUGACAAACUCCAGCAUUAAAUUUUUUGUAGCAUAGCCGACAAAACUUAACGUUAAGGUCUGGCCUUACCUUAAUGACAGAAUGUGUAAUGCCUUUCUUUAAUGUAGAAUACAUUGCUGCGCUUCCAAACAGCGUUCAAAUUGGAAACGGGAAAGCGAAAAAAGUACGCCUGGUCAAUGCAUCGCCUGCCCCAUCUAGAAGCCGCGUGUCUUGGUAAACCCGGGAAAACCGUGAUUCCAAGUGUACCUUCUGUGUAAAUACAUCUGGCGACAACUGCGACUCGCAUGCUCAGCGUUUGACCAGUUACUAUGAAAGGGAGAACGAAAGUGCAAUUAGCGCUUUGGUAACGCUUUUUGGAAUUUCGCGAAACGAUACUACCAAUCAUCGGAAGCAAAAAUACAAAUAAAUCGCAAAGCAGGCAAAUUCAGUCAUUACGAACAGCAGCCAGGAUAUGACAAUUAGCAUUUUAGUAAACUGUGCAUUGAUGAGAGGUAUUUGUAGGAAAGCUGUCAAUAGCGCCUCAGUUUUAUAUUUCCUUUCAGACUGAUAUUUACGACCCAACGGGCACGCACGGAGGUUUUCAAACAAGAUCAACAACCAGAAAGGCUUCAUCUUGUCAAACAUCAGAGAUAUUUCUGAGGAAUUUGAAGACGUCACGCGCAAACGGGACCCCACGCUUAUCCCAUCUGUCCGAUCUCGCAAGUAGCCAGUCAGGUGCAGUUCGUUUCCUGAAAACUCGCAUCAUAAUUAGAUUAACUCACGAAAGUACGCUUGUCAACUUAAUGAACUGAGUUAGCACUCGAGGCUCCUAUUCCUCUAUUUUUACGUGGGACCUACAGCAUUGAUUAUAUUCUUAAUCAGUCAAAAUUGUUUUAAUAUUUAACUGAGCUGUAAAACCGAAAAUAUGUCCCAAAAACUCCGUGAAAUAUCCGUUAAAACGUGAAUCGUGAAAAAAUGUAAGUUAUGCAAGAGGCUGGGUGUGUGCAUGACGCUUCCUGCAUAAUGUGUCCCGGCAACUAAGUGCAAUGUAGGUGGAUACAGUAGGUGGGCUAACUCAUGAAAUGUCAACCGAAAUUUCGAAAUUCGUUCUCGUUUCGAAAAGAUUAAUUGAGUAGAUUUGUGAAACUAACCAUCAUACAGUAUAUUUUUACAAUAAGCCAGUUACCUCAGGGUCCCGGCUUUCGAAUGAAAUUAUUUCCGACUGCGUGCAAGAACUACACUCUGCAAAAAAUGACUUCUUAGGCAGCAUGCAAUUUUCUUAUUGAGUUUUGACACUCGUAAAAUUCCAACGAUAUUUUUUGAAAAACAAGCAUGAAAAUACUCAUUCGUCUACUUAUUCGGUAGAAAACCACGUCUUCUUUCAAGUUUAUUCGCGAAAGAAGAGUAUAUUUCGGGUUUAAUAGAAUUUUUGAAUUCCGGAAUAAUUCUGUACCCGACUUGCAUACAGGAUUUCUAAACAACAAGCCAUAUAUUUUCCUUGUUCACAAAAACAUACCUUUAUCUAUGGUAUUAAGAGGAUACCAUACGGGGUUAAUUAAAAUUAUGUUGUGGAUUUGAGCAAUAUUGUGACCUUUACAAGUCACAUGGGUAAAUGGAGAUACAUGGCGUUAUAUGAACGGCCCCUUCACGGUAUUAAAAAAUGUCAUAAUAAGAAAACGAUUUAAGACCGAAUUAUACUACCCCUUGAGUAUAAAUUUGAAAGAAGACGUGGUUUUCUACCGAAUAAGUGGGCGAAUGAUUAUUUUCUUGCCUGUUUUUCAUGAAGUAUCAUUGAAUUUUUGCAGGUGUCGAAAGUCAAUGGAAAAAUUGCAGGCAGAUUAAGUAGUCAUUUUUUGCAGAGUUUUGUUCUUGCACGCAGUCGAAAAUAAGUUCAUUCGAACGCCGGCAGCCUGAGGUAACUGGUUCAUCAUACAAUUAUGCCGUAGGAUGAUUAGUUUCACAACAAUUCUUCAUUCAUCUUUUCGAAAGGAGAACGCAUUUCGAAAUUUCGACUGACAUUUCAUGAGUUAGCCCACCUACUGUAUGUCUAAGACCAAUAUAAUCGGAGGUGUUUUUAUUGAGAAAUAUUUGCAAUGACAGACAAAUGUAUGUUAAAGUGGUAUGCUUUUAGGAUUCGCGCUUAUUAUCGGCCGACCAGUUUGGAAUUUUUGUAUUGAAAAAAUAUGGUGAUUUCUUGCACCAAAUAUAGGUAAAUCUGCAUUUUAAAUUAAUUUAAUUUACCGAUGUAUAAUAAUUCUCCGUGUAAUGUCAUAUUGGAGAAGGACACUCAUUCUGGGGUUAUGUCCAUGUGUCUUAAUGCCAGUCUGAAUUAAUACGUGCUGAGCCGGGGAUACGUUUCUUUAGACAAAUAGUCUUAACUACCCUCCCAAUGCGUGUUCUGUAAUGAAACCAACUAAUGGGCGUAGGCAUAUGUUCCUCCUCACCACUAAACUUAACUUAUAGGCAACAGUCCACAGUCAGUUUGCACUCCAUCUAUUUCCGAUGAGUAAAAUCCUGGGGCAACAGUUAACUGUCAACAAGUUCACACUACUGCCAGCACCGAUAGAAAAGUUGGUUAUGCCAAAUUAAUCAACAGUUUUUUCCUACUCUCUGCCUAUUGGCGGCUUGGUAAUAAUACGUGGUCAUUUUGGUGAAAAUUUUACCACUGCCUUCCCGAACGACCUUGAUGUUGUCUGGUGUCUGGUGUGUGGCACUUCGCGUCUCCUUGCCCUCCGCUGCUUGUCACGCUGCCCACCUGUCCACCUCAUACUCCCUUUCGACCGACGCCAAUCAGCACUCUCUCUCUUCUGAUUGGCUGGCGGAGGGCAGGGAGACGUGAACUGCCACAAGUCAAACAUAUCGAUUUCUGAGCAAAAUACGGAGCAUGACGAUCAAUUGCCGUUUGACAUACUCAAGUACGCACGCAGGGGUGUGACUGCCUAUGCAUGUCCAGUCCAAUUCAGCUCAGGUCAUUUGUGGGUAGUGUAAGUCUGCACCUUUGAACUUAUAGCAUCUCAAAAAUUGGAAAAGAUGUCAAAAAGGUAAGAAAUUAUCGGAUAAGCGUCAGUUCUGUACAGAUAGACGGACUGUUUCAAGUGUUAGUGGUGCGAGCAGUAGUACAGUAGUUGUUUGGAGUGCAGUGGAAGAAAGGUAUCCUAAGUGACAAAAAAUGCAUGAGUACAUGCCAGUAAGCGCAGGCGAUGGAUUGGAGACAAUAAUGAAUUUCACUAAAUAUGUUAUUGAAAUACAUUAAGUAGUAUAAAACGAUGGGGUUUUCGAUUUUGCCAAGGUUACAGAGGUUGGGUGGUAUUAUAGUGGACACCGCUAUACAAAUCCAGCUUCAUUUUAAAGACCUCGAGAAAAGCUGACAUAACGACAUCCAGAGUCAGGGUAUUCAACGCUUCGAUCAGUCUCUUAGAGAAGAACUUUCGGGCGUCCAGCCUGGCCCCCGUCACACGUAGUUUGAAUGGAUGGCGUUUCAUGUUCGGGGUAGUUGCUAACUCGAGGAAGUCCAUCGGUGCAAGGGUGCGGUCCUGACCGCUUAUGCUACGCAAAGUUCGUAUCAUGUCAUCCAGUAACUUCCUGCAGCUCAAGGGAAAGUGAUCAGGAUUAGCCAGCCGUGUUUCAUUAAGAAGCGAACACUGUCCUGUCCCAAGAUUCGUUACACACUUUUGAACCUUUUCCAGAUUGUUGAGGUCCUUCAGAGUCCAGGAUCUCCAUGCUUGUAUAGAAACAUUCGAUUGUGGCCGAACAAACGUUCUAAAGACUUUAGCGAAUCAGUCUUCGCCAAGGGCAGAGAAAGCCGGCUUGACAAGACAGACAACUGACAUUAGGUAACAAAUAAUCGGAUAAGCGCCAGUUCUGUAUAGAUAGACGGACUGUUUCAAGUUUUAGUGGUGCGAGCAGUAGUACAGCAGUUGUUUGGAGUGCAGUGGAAGAAAUGACAAUGAAUGCAUGGGUACAUGCCAGUAAGCGCCGGCGAUGGAUUGAGGACAUUAAUGAAUUUCACUAAAUAUGUUAUUGAAACAUAGUCAGUAGUAUAGAAACGAUGGGGUUUUCGCUUUUGCCAAGGUUACAGAGGUUGGAUGGCAUUAUAGUGGACACCGCUAUAAAAAUCCAGCUUCAUCUUAAGGACCUCGAGAAAAGCUGACAUAACGACAUCCAGAAGCAGGGUAUUCUGAGCUUCGAGCACUCCGGUGGAGAAGAUGAACUUUCGUGUGCCCAGCCCGGCCCCGAUCACAUGUAGUUUGGAUGGAUGACCUAUUAGGUUGGUGGUUGUUGCUAACUCGAGGAAGUUCCCCAGUACAAGGCUGCAGUACUGUUCGCGUAUGAUAGGAAUUGAUUGUAUCAGGUCACCCCGUAACUGCCUGUAACACGAGGGACAGAGAUCAAGAUUAAGUAACUGUGUUUCAAAGGGUAGUGAACCCUGUUCAGCCACAAGAUUCGUGCCACGCCUUUGAGCCCGUCCAAGGACGCUAAGGUCUCUAAGCUUGAAUAGCAAACAUGGAUUGCGGCAGAACAAACGUUCGAAAGACUUUAGCUAACCAGUCUUCGCCAAGGGCAGAGAAAGGCGGCUUGACAAGACAGACAACUGACAUUGCAGACUUGGCUGCCUUCGUGCACUGCAGCGAGGGUUUGAGCGAGAUCGUAAUCCAUAUUCCCAGGUCCUGCGAGUCCACUUCUUGCAGUGACAUAUCAUUUAGACAGAAAGCCAUUGGGCUCAGAGAGCUGGUUCUGCUGACUUGAAAAAUAUUGCAGCUGUUCUCACUGGACGGUACUAUUGGAGUCGGUUAGGUUCGCCUGCAAAUGCCCUUCGUCAUUUGUAGGUCGAAUGACGCUACAAAGCUUAAUAUCAUCGGCGAACAUGGCGAAACCACAAUCCAGUUCACAAACGCGUCCAUUUACAUAAACAAUGAACGGAGUCGGAUAAAAAACUGAGUUUUGGUGAACGCCGCUUUCAACGGCAACCUCAGCCGACUGCUGGUCACCAACAUCAACAAAUUGAGAACGGUCAAAUUGGAAGCUUUGAAAUCAUUUUAAGAAAUUACCCUUAACGUCUGUUCAGUUUAGUUUGUGCAGAAGUCUCUGACGUGAGACACUAUCAAAUGCCUUUUUAAAGUCAAUAUAGAUUGCAUACAGCGUAUUGUCUUCAUCAACUGACCGAGUUCAGCGUCCCAAACAGUUGAGCAAGUUAGUCACUCAAGAGCGGCCACUACGGAACCAAUGCUGCGCAUCAGAUAAUAGAUUAUGCUGCUCUAAGAAGCGCAUUAGAUCUCGCUUUAUUAUGUUUUCCAUAAUUUUGCAGCAGUUGGAAUUGGAGCUAAUUGGUCUGCAAUCUUCUUCAGAGGCCGUGCUUCCACCGUAGUAUAUCAGGCUGAUCCGCUAAGAUAACCAGACGGCCUCCAACGAAUCCAGGAAAAGCAUGGCCAGUGGUUUGGCUAUUUCAGUAAGGAGCUCUUUCAGUAACCUAGACGGUACGUAAUCUGGGACCGGUGAUUUCCACUUAUUUAGCGUCAUCAGCUCUUUACGAAAAGUCGCCCCAUCAAAAGAUACAGCCUCAAUUUUGGACCCUCAUCAAAGUCGUAGUCGAGAGUUGUAAAUGCGCUUUCGCGUGUAAAGAUAGAUUUAACAAAUUGUGAAAGGUGUCCAGUUUUUGCUCCAUCCUCACUAAUAUCUAGGUCCCCGCUUGUCAUUCAGGAGGUGGAAAGGAUCUCUGUUUCGCGUGCUGCUUCCUAUGUAAUUGCAGAAUAAUUUCCGAUUUUCCACAACAGGAUUCCGUAGGUUCCUCUGUGCUUUGUGUGCGUUUACGAACGCAGGUUUUCUCUCAGUGACAGAUUUCUGUCGCAAUCGCCGUCGUUUAUUUACUUCCUAUUUUGACGCCUGAGUCAUCCACCGGGGUCGCUUAUUUAGCCCCGUCCGUGAACCUUUUCCAAUCCUUCGCUAUAUUUCCGCAAAUGACUGAUUCCCAAUCUGUAUUGUUGACUUCGACCUUCAUUUGGUUGAACUCCCCACGCAAAAUAUUUCUAAUAAUUUUGGUGGGCUGUUAAGGCAGGGAAAAGAUUGAAUAGUCCCAUUGAAGUACGACGUGAUCGCUUCGACCUAGGGGAGGCAGACAUUGCACCCCAUCUAUGCUGUUAGCCACUGGAGCCGUUUCCAGUGUCUUGCACGCGGUUCUUGCAAUCUUAUACUUUAAAAGACGUUUGAGGUCUUCUUUAAUUUCCGUGGAAUCUAAUGCGCAAACUUAGAGUUAAUCUAUCGAAACAUAACUUUUCAAGCACGGCCAGAAUUUCGCUAUGAGCAUUUGAGCUGAAAUCCAUCAAAGAGAAGGUGUGGCGAGUGCGAAGAUACUAAGCAUGCCCGAUUCAACUAUGGUGACGUUUACUUCCAAAUGCACUGACCAAUGGCCUAAUAAACUACGGCUACCUACUACGACGCAAAUGCUGUACAAAACGUGUGAAAUAUAACAUGAUAUUUUAUGGACGCGCACUGUCCAAUAUGCAGUCUCAAGCAAUGUGAAAUGUCAUCAGUAUUCAGAAAUAAACGCACGAAUGCAAACAUCAUAAUUCAACGUAUUAACUGGUCCUCUAACAGGAAGGUCACGGAACAGAAGAUACAAAACACCUCUACUAACGUCUCCCAAAUAAAGACUAACUGCAAUCCUUUAAAUUCCCAAGGUGCAUUAGUUACGUUCACUCGCGAAAUAUUAAACUAAAUUCCGAAAUGCGUUUUCCUUUCGAAAGGACUAAUCAAGUUGCGUUGUAAAAGUUGUGACCGUACAACCUUAUUCUAUAAUAAUCUAGUUACUUCGGGAUGCCGGCUUUCAAGCAAACUUCUUUUUGGUUGAAGGCAAAAGUCAAACCAUGCAAAAAAUGAGUUCUUACGUCAUGAAUGUUUCUCAUUUAUUUUCGAGGCCCUUAAAAAUUUAAUUAUAUUUCAUAGAAAAUAUGUAUAGCAAUAUUCCCUCUUCUACUCAUUCGGUAAAAAUGAUUUUGUCUUCGAAGUUUAUACUCGAAAAAAUAUUACAGUUUGGUUUUGAAAAUUCUUUCCAAAUCCCUAAUAAAUUUGAACCCUACCUGCCGUUGCACUUGCACUAAGAGUUUACAAUCUAUAAACCACAUAUUCUUUGCGUACAUAAAACUCUAUGUUUAUACAAGGUAUUAAGAGGAAACCAUAUAGGGUUCAUAGAGCUUAGUAGUGGUUCAGAGCCAUAUUGUUGACUUCAUAAGCCACAUUAGUAAAUGUAGAGCAAUGAAGUUUUAUGAAUUGCCAUUUCAAAGUAGUAAAAAACCUCACAAUUAGAAACGUCUUUAAAACCGAAUAACACCAUUUUUGUCGAGUAUACAUUUGAAAGAUUACAUGCUUUUCUACUGAAUGAGCCCCAUAAUGAAAAUUUUUAUAAAUAUCUUCUAUGAAACAUGGUUAAAUGUUUAUGAACAUCGACACUAAAUGAGAAAAUUGCACAGCGAACAAGCAGUGCCUUUGGCAGAGUACAGUUUCUGCAUGCAGAUGAUAAGACGCUCGUUCCGAAACCGUCAUCCUGAGAUAACUAAAUUAUUAUAGACUUACGCUGCACGAUGAUUAGUUCUACAUCCCCAAUUAGAUAAUCUUUUCCAAACGAAAACGCAUUUCUGAAUUUCGUUUGACAUUUCACGAGUUAGCCCACCUAGUGUAUCACUUCUUGGCAGCGCCAGUAGGAAGUCCUGUAACCGUGUUUCGGGAUGCGAGAGGGAUGGACGCAGUGGACUAAAAACGAGCAAAAACCAACGGUCAAAAUAACAAGUGACGCAUUGCGUGAAUACAGCCUUGUCUACGAUGAUGAGACAUCGUUAGAUAUCAUAGUCGACACCUAGCAGCAUCGGCAAGCCGGAAGAGCAGGAAAACCUACGUCGUCGUUAAUUGUAUCUUUACGCGUAGGAUGUUAUAACGGCCUUGGCCGUUUUUGUUAUUGUCAGCGCAUUUUGAACCACUAUUUACGUUUGUUUUUACAGAUUUCAUUAACCGAUUCUCUAGCAGAAUAAUACAGAAACCAUGCUCAGGGCCACGGAUCAGAGGAUAAAACACUCCUUUUUUGACGUCUUUUAAUAAAGACAGUGUGGAGUCCUAUCAAGGCUUGAGGUAAGAUUUCUUGGCAGCGAAAAUACGGAGUCUCGUAACUGUGCUGCGGGAUGCGAGACCUACGCACGGAGGGGACCAAAUAGGAGAAAAAAAUAACUCUCAAAAUAAAACGUGACGCAUUUUAUGAAUAUACCAUUAGCUACGAUAAAGACGCCUUGUUGAAUAGGAUGGUUAACGCCUAAGAUCAUCGGCAGGCCGGUGGAGCAUUUGUUAACUCCAAUUAGGAAGAUCUACGUCGUCGUUAAAUUUAUUUUUAGACGUGGAAUAUUAUAAGGUUCUUAACAGUUUUAUUAAUGCCAGCAUAUUUAAACGUACUUUUUAGAUUUGUUACAAAAGAUUUCAGUGUACUUCAAGGUAGGGGAACUCAUGUGGUAACACACGUGAAUGCAAUUUGGUAGCUUUCGAUAUGUUAGCACACAUUUUGGGCAAAAUAAAUAACCUCAAGCAAGUGUCUUGUGGUAAUACGCAAUCUGAACGUCACUGUAUCCGAAGAAAACUCCCUACCAUUCGCCAGUAAACAAGUAGGUUUUCCCAAAUUCUGCACAUUUGCACAAUAUGCCUCAUAUCACUCGACUGCAUAUUUCCGAAAAUUCGACUGUGUUUUGCAAGCUACUAAGAAAGUUGAGUUUAAUGUAUCAGUCAAAAAGGCUACUAGUUUGAGGGCACUAGAAAUGCAGACAUAAUCGUGUGUAUCGUGGAUGUGAGAAGUGAGAAAUGUCUCGUCAAUUAAAACUCCACUUGCCACUACACAGUAGCCUUUCUAAUCUGGAUAGCAAGUCAAGUACAUUAAUCGUUCGCUAGCUCCUUCUCUGACUUUCACGGCUUCACUCUAUCGCGGAUCGUCAAGCCACGCAUGCCUAGAUACAGAUUGUGACUGCCCUCAUGAAAUUUUGGCCAAAAUUCUGCAAUACCUGCUCGAGUUAAAAGGCUUACUAAGGUGUAACUGUCGGACUUAUUAGCAUGCAGCUUGUCCUGUAGUUUUUCGUGCUUGUCAGGAUUUCGGCUUUUAAAUGCUCUUCUUUUCGGCUUACUGCAGCAAACUCAGACGGUAACAAUGACUACUGAAUUAGCAUUCAUCUUUCACAUUAGUUUUCAAUGGUCAUAUAAAUUCACAUAUACGUUUUGUAGAACAUGCACCAAAAUAUGCCCUCUUCUACGUGUUUAAUGGAAAAUCACAAUGUCGUAACUUUUUAUACCAGGGAAAAAUGUUUCCAAGUUCCUGAAUAAUUUUGAGCCUCAUCAGCGUUGGCAUUUUGUAAAUUCACACUACAAGGUUUAUGCUUCCGAGUAAAGAGCAUCACGUAUUCCUAUAUGCCGAUAAGAAGAUAUUAUAUGGAGUUCUAAAAUGUUGUAAUGGAUGCGGACUAUGUUGGACAUUUCAUGAGGAGCAUUGAAAAACGGACAUGUGCGAGGUUGUGUGUAUUGGCAUCGCAGAUCUAAAAAAUCCCACACUAAGAAACUUUUCCAAAACGUAAAUAUACACUAUCCUCGGGUAUGAUAUUUUGGGACAUUGCGAUUUUCUACAAAACGGGUAGAAUAAACCGUAUUCUUAUGCCUAUUUUCUAUAAAACAUGUUUGACUUUCUAAGACCAUCGAAAAUCAAUGUAAAAAGGGCAUGCCAAUUCAGUAGUCAUUAUUUAUGAAUGUGGUUUCUGUAGUAGGACGAAAAGAAAUGCAUCGAAAAACCGACAUCCUGUCGAGCACGAAAUACUACAGGAUUAUGCUGCAUGCUAAUCAGUGUUACAGCUCCACCUUAGUACUCCCUCCAAAUCGAAAGUUCAUUUCAAAAUUUCGGCCAACAUUUCAUGACAUCGGUCACACACUGUAUAUAGCGCGGAAUGUAAGUUGGUUCGCGUUUCUGUUAUGUGUUUCCUAGGUGGUUUGGUAAGUUAUUUUUCUGAACAUUAAGUCGACGACCGUAGUUUUUCAAAUAUGUAUUAUUGCAUUGUAUUUAUAACUGUACUGUGUAAUAAAUAAAACUACUUAAGGAUAUGCACACAUAUCCCUGUGAGUAGUAUAUACAAGGUGUGAACAACUACAUAAUUUCAAUGAAUUUUAUCUUGUAUCUGCGCGACUGUAGGGGGUUUAUGCUGCAUAUUUGUGUAAAAAGUGUUUGAAGUGUGCACGAUGGUGUAUAAGGGAGUAAGGUAUGUAAAAAUAGACACAAAACGAACGAUAUUUAAUUGGCGGACUUUAGCUUUUCGCAGGGGUCUUGGAAAGGAAUCGCCGCGAUCCAACGAGGGUCAUUAAAUUAAUUUACCGCUGCCAGUGAAAAGGGAACAUGCACAGAAUUUAUAAGUCACCUUAAAAUUGGUAUGUACACAAAAGGUUUAACUUUGCGCUUAUUCCGCUUCAGGCCCACGAUCAAUAAUCAUGCUUGGUGCAGCCCCUUUCUCGCUGCUCGUACUGUGGCCUCCACGAGAGGAUAGUCAAUUAGCAUGAUGUCAGCGCAAUUUCACACCAUCACAUGCACGCUAUCACGACCACCGCCGGUGGGGUGUUCAUGGUCAAGGAAUUUUACGUUGUCCUAUUAUUGGUGUGCAUGAGGCGAUGCAAAACAACCGUAAAAACAAUGCGCUCCGCAUAUGGUAGAAGACGGCCUUGCCUACACCAGACACACUUUCUACUAGUGCUCCUCUCACGACAGUAUAAAUAGAUCUGCUAAAAGCAGAAGGACCAUAUAUUCCAGUCUACCCAACGGUUUUAAUUUCGUGCCGACUAACAUUUUAGUUUGGGCAUCAGCCAAUGUAUCUUCUGCCAUCAUUGACUGCUCUGGUCUUUUUGAAUUUCCGACCCUGCGACUGCCGUAAGUUAAGAAAUUAAAGCAUUACCUUCACACGCUUUAAGAGGGACGUCUUCUAGCUGUUCAGCAAGACACCAACAUCGACUAUCUUUUCGCGAUUGAUUCAAGCUAUGUGGUAUGUGAAUUAAUGACUGCUAACUAAUUUGAAACCUCUAAAAUAAAACAUGCUUACACAAUUUCUUUCUCGUAGUUUCAUUCGUCGACUUCCGGAUUUGUGCAGGGAACGGCACAACGUCCAUGUCAACCUCCGACUAAUUGUGUAGAAUUUUACCCAGGUGUGUUGCUGAACCUCUUUUAUUGUUCUUCUUUAUUUCAACGUUCUUGAAUGUCGACAUCAUAACCCCACCCAAGACGGGUACUAUAUAAUUCAAAGUUAACAAGAUAUGUCUUUGAAUGUAGACUAGGAGUGGAAUGUAAAGUAGAUCCCAAUAAGACCACUCACAACUAUAGUAUAUGUACAUAGUAAUAUUUUGCAAUAGUUUUCUCAAGCCACAAGCCUAUGACAUAGUCAGCCCAAAUAAACUUUCUUUUUCGACCUUUUAUUGACUUCUCCAUUAAAGAAAAGAGGAGUUUUAUGAUCAAGGCCGACAGUCACGCAAACUACUCUGCGGUAAUUCUCACGCCCGAAGCAUCUGACCGAGCUCAAAUCGCAAUCGUCAUAGUGAAUGAGGGAGAAUUUUUUCCAGGUAUGCUUUAAAUGAUAAUGCAUUUGCCAAAACAUUGAAAGUUAGAACUUGUCUCUAAAAUCAAGCUGCAUAAAACUCUACGUUAAUCAAGGAAAUGAUAACCUAUUAACUUAUCUCCCUGUUACAUUCGUAGACCUUCGUGGCGUCCAGUUCAUAAAACCUGUUAUCUUCAAAUCAUUCAAUGAGAAUUCAUUUGGCGUGAUCUUGGAUGAAAAUGUAAAGGUAAUAGAAGAACAAAUAAAUUUUGUAUUUGUCUAACUGAUAUGAAACAAUGCGUUUUAACUUAGUCAGUCUGAAAUUCGAAAAUUAACUGCCCGCGAAGAUUUUAACUUAAGCAGUUUUGAUUGUUUUCAGGAAUUUAAACUCAUGGGAAACAUCAGCAAAUAUGGCUCGCCUUCAACCGGUACAGGCCUGGAAAUAGUUAUUCCCAAUGGUAAAUUACUUUCCACUUAAUUGGACAAAGAAGCGCCAAAAAUAUUUACCUCCAGUUUACAUUUUUAGAACGAGUUAAGGUUGGGCAGUACAAAAUCAUGAGAGUUACAGGACGUGUGGCGAGGCAACGUCUAUCAUUCUCCUUGACAGACAAUGCCGGAAACUUACCUACUUACGAUUUCACACCUAGCAGCAAUGCACCCAUUUUGAUGAUGCAAACACGUUUACUUCAGUGGCCGAAGACAUCCAAAACAUCAGGAGCAUUGGAACAUACAAAAUGGAGCGCCUUGCUCAUAAGCGUGACUGCCUUGUAUACAGUUUAAAAAGCAAGCAAAACAUAGGCCCGUCGAGAACAUUGUUAUGCAGUCCUAUUAUUUUGUCCUUAGACUUCGUAUUUGAAUAGUGUUCGUUCAUUCAGUCUUCAAAGGGUUUGUUGAAUAGUUUUUUAGGUUAUCGUAUGUCAAUUUGAUAGUGGAAAAUUGACAGAACGCCAAAAUUUGGAAAGGAUCUUAAACAAAAAUUUUUGACUCUAAAGAAGUGAGAAAACUCACAGCGCCAAAAUAAUUACGGUGCAGUUACGCCUUCGAGGGAAAAGUAAAAGAGGCCAGCAUAAGGUGUGUAUUCUAAACAUAACCCCAGCCUGAACGCGUAUCUGUUCGUGAAUGAAAAAGCGUCACAUGAAAGGCAGUCAGUGUCCGCUUGCUCGGCUGAUAGUGGAGUUUGUGGGCGCCUGCGAUUAACCAUCAGCGGAACUGAACUUUUUCUUGUGUUGUGGCCGGGCGCCGUGAUCAUGUAAUUCCUGGGAUGGGCACCAGAGAUGAAAGGCUUAUUGCCGAGAGAGGUGAUGCAGAAUGACCUUCGACAAAAACCUAUUGCGAAAGAAGUAGUUUCCCUAGACUAACAAACAAUAAAUGCGACCAUGCACACAGAAUACGUCCAGACUUGACUAGGUAUAAUGGGCGAUGGACUUAUAGAUGACGCCUCCAGAACAGAGCUUCAACUCCGACAGCAGAUUCCCGCUGGCAAUACAUUUAAAUGCCUUUCCGCCAGAUGAUUCAGCGUCGAAUUACAGCAAUUCAGAUGACAGGUCAGCAGAUAUAUACUCUCUUUUCGAGUUGGAAUAGUCAACCUCGAGCUGAACUAAAAAUAGAUGCUUGGUCUAACUGACGAAAUUGUGGAAAAGUCAGCAACCGCGAUGUGAUAUGGAUCCACUUUAAGAUGGUCAAUGCUGUGUUCUGAUAAACGCUUUUACAACCUCAGCAAUGAUGCCUCCAAUGGAAUGGAAGUAAUUCCGCACACGAUGGGAAGGGGACGCUUACUGAACACAAAUUGACAAGGGUUUAGUCAAGGAUUGGAAAGAAUAGGGCGAAUUGACUCGGAAUGUAGUGGGACCUGGAGGUUAUUCUAGGUUUAUGAGAUAGUACUGUAACUGCACCUUGUUUGGAUUCCGACUACUGAGGCGCUAAACACGGGUUGGAUUCCAAGGCAUGACAGAUUAGUCAGUCAGCUGCAUAACGGUGUGCAGAUUAACAAUCUUACCAACAACUUUAUUUAAUUAUUCAAUGGACAAUUUGAAGUAAUGCUUGCUGGUCAAAAGCAAACAUUUUAUUCCGGUUAAACUUCUUAGAGUUUAUGCCAGCAAAUCUGCAAUUUUGACUGUUUUGCGAAUACAAGGACCGAAACGCAGACAACUCGUCCGGUUUGAGGGAAAUAUAGAUUGGUAGUUUUCAAGUUGUGUGACCAAGAGUAUGAAAUGGCCGUUUAAAAUAUGCAGGUUUAUUAUGGCCUUGGUGUGCGAGGAGACGGUGAAGAACUACUGGGGAUACAUAUAGCUUUCGGACGCAAGUUAUGUAAACAAUCGCACUGCUAUACCCGCAUGUUAGCACGCGUAAUGCUAGCAUGUCCUAAUUCCCACAGUGGACGCGACCGGUCCACUGCACCGUUAGACGGCGUGAAACCACCAACGCCAUGACCAGUCUCCGUGAUUUCGUUCCUCCUUCAAAAUGUGUUGAAAGCCUCAGCGUGAUACCACGGCAGUUCGAGGGAUCACAAGUCCUUAUGCCUUGAAUACGGAACCCAAGUUUCGCAAACUUAUCUUCGUUUGUGUCUGAUGCUUGUUUGUGUGUGCGCAGGUACUUAUUGGCAUUUCCAGAUUCCGGUGGUUGAACCGGCUUGUCCUAGUCCGAAUGAACAAAAUCUUGGUUGAAACAGUGAGACGUCAGUCAUUCUGUUCAUUCGUCAGUUCAACCUUCGCAUUCUCAGAUGUUAUUACUAAAUAAACUAAGUCCCUCCUUCUCGUAAUGCAUCAAAGGAGAAACGUCAUUUAUAGCUAUUAGGUAGAUAUAUGAAUAACGCCUGCGACCUAGUGUAUUUGUGCAUAUGAUUUAGUGAAAGUGUUCAACUCCAUGAUUAACUUUGGAUAAGGCCAGAUAUAGUAGAAUUACAGAGAAACAUUUUCUAAGGCACAAUAAAUGCGAAAGUCGGCAUUCGAUGUGUUUCAAUAUAAACCACGUCCAUUCAAUGGAAAGGCAUUGUGGCAUUGUCGUUUAUAUUUUCAGCAGUUGUAAAUAUAAAACAUCAGGUUAUGUCCGCCAGCCAAAUAAGAAAACACAUUAAUCACAAGGACGUGGUUUGUGUUUGAACUAUUUGUGAACGUUGUGUCUUUGUUCACAUGCGUGCGGUGAGUGUUUUCGUUACUUCUUCAUAGAGGAUUACAUUUUAUACUUAAGGAAAGAGUUGAUUUAGGUUUUUUAAAAGUUUCCUAUUGUGGAAUUAUUUAAAUCCGUUCGACAUCCAUUCAUACAGCAUCGUAUAUGUCCAUUUUUGAAUGCUUAUCAUGAAUAACACAGCACUGUUCUCAUCCAUUAUGUAUUUUAUGAACGCUCUGUGGCAUACUCUUAAAGGCAUAGGGGAAUAUAGGCAUCCCUUUAUGCGAAAAAAAUGUAAUUUGUCGACUGAAUUCGCUAAAUGCCAAUGCAAUGGCUCAUCGUGCUCAAAAUUAUCCGGUAAUAAGGAAACUUGCUCAAAACCUAAAUAUACCCUUUGUUCGGCAACACGCUGUGAGAACAACAUCAUUCUCUCACAAAUGAGUAAAGGAAAGCAUGUUGAUUAGCGUUCUUCUUAUGAAACAUUUAAAUUUAUAAGACCACCAAUAAUCAAUGCAAACCUGCAGGCUAAUUAAGUAGUCAUAUUUUAACGAGUGCUCUUUCUACAGGAGUUUGAAAAAAGCACAUUCAAAAGCGGACAUUCUGGCAAGUCUGAAACACUGUAGGAUUAUGCUGCAUGGUUAUUAAUAUUACAACUCCACCCAAGUGAGCCUUUUUACGUACUCUAAAACAAAAGAGCACUUUUGUCACUGUAUGGAAUUACGGCCAGUAACUUUCUGCCGUCACUGAAACCGACGCAUGCACAGUUUUCUUCGAUGAUUUUUAAAUUGGACCCACUACAUCCAUCACAUCUGUGCGCCAAUUAUUCUGCAGGAGUACUGCUAAUAGUCCUGCGUCAGACAUCUAUCUUUCAUUUAUUGACCUGUUGCCUCGGUGAGCUAACAGAUCGUUGUCUUAUAUGCUUGUUUCGACCUGUACUUAUGUCCUGCGAUGCACAAAAUGUCUGUCCUACGAUGACAAAUCGUCUUACAAUUCAAUAUACGUCAGCUCAUGGUGCAUGUGGUGAAAGUGAGUACAUUAUGUCGGAUGAAUUAUUUAGUCGUUAGUGAUCAAAACAUCUAUAUACUAAUACACACCUUGGAAACCUUUGCUAUCGUAAGGAUCCAUUGAUCGUUCCACAGUAAUUUUUAUUUGCACGGACUUGAAAAAUUUUCGAAAUAAUAUUCCUAGGCCAUUAAGCAUGACUGACUCGACUAUGGGGUCGGAAUCCAUUCAUCCCAACAGCACAUGGAAUCUUAGAAAUAAUCUACUUUGGCGCUGAAAACGGGAAGAUUAGCAAUAGCAAACCCACAAAACUUCGCCCCACUCCGUGCUGAAUGUUGCUUUGCGUGGGCCGUUGCUACACGUCAGCUCACUUAGAAGGCUGUCGCAAUCUCAUGAAAAUAUCGACCGGUGCCAUUCAUCUAAGGCAACAACAAAAAUCCGCUCGGCACGAGGAGGACAAUUAAAAACCACCCGCACCCAAGAGACGUAGAGAAAAACACUUUGAAUCAUCAAACAAAGUCAUGCUAUGCCAAGACACCCACUGAAGCCUCAUCGUACACACGUCAGGCUAAAGAGUUAUGAUUUACGGUUUUUAUGCUUUCUUGAAAAUGAAUCGCUAGCCUGAAGCAACGCAGUCUAAAUUAAGCUUCCUUAGCUUGGGCGGAGUGCUUGUGAAGUUUAUAAAGACAGUCAAAUGAUCAAGCCUACGUCAUUGCCUACGUUCUUUUUCACAGUGGCGUUUAUCAAUUACACAACAUUGUCCGGGUUCAUUACAAAACUUUCUGAGCUAUGUAUGACUUCUUCUUAAAAGGACUAAGAGAACCACGUUGGUUUCUUACUCGGAAAAUAGAAAACAUGCAGUUAAUUAGUCCUAAACAAAAUUCGAGUGUAAAGUUUUGGAAAAUCGAAAAUAUCAUGAGUUUUGCAGGUACCCGUUGAAGAUAUAAUCGUUUGGCAAAAAAGUCAAAAAAGACCUGUUUUAUGCAUAUUUUUAUAAAAUUCACCAUAACCUAAAAUGGCACCAUAAAUCAAUACGGAGAAUUCAUAUACCGAGCGCAAUUUUAGGCAGUGGGUUAAGAUAAAGCACAUACGGAAUCCGGUAGUUUGAACUGAUUAACAUAUCUUUGGUUUAUGCUGUACGAUAAUUAAUACCGCAAUACCGCGUAAAAAAACAUGUACAAUCGGAACCGCGUUGCAGAAUCUUAAUUAGUAUUUUUGAGAUAGCCCGCAUAUUGUAUGCUAAGAUUGAAAAUCGAAGGUUCGCCAGGUCUACCUUAUUGGAUUCAGCGUCAAAAUCCAGAUUCAAAAGAGAUCGCUAGUUAAAUUGACAGUUAAAUCAGCAGUCGGCCUAUGAAGCCUGUUCGUAUUGAGCGAGUGCGGAUUACAUUAUGUUUUCUUAAACGCAGAGAAACAUUUUCCCAAUUUAUAUGCGAUGCAUUGAUAAACGGACAGAAUGUUUACUUUGCACUCCUUAUAGGUCUCUACUUCUGGAAAGCGAAUGAGAAAUCCGUGAAUAUUUUAUGUGUGCCCAAUUAUUUCAAGGGAUAAAAGAGUAAUGGAAGUAAUCUUAUUAAACAUAUUGACGUCUUCUAUACCAUCUGAUGGGUCACGGGUUGACAAACUCCAGCAUUAAAUUUUUUUGUAGCAUAGCCGACAAAACUUAACGUUAAGGUCUGGCCUUACCUUAAUGACAGAAUGUGUAAUGCCUUUCUUUAAUGAAGAAUACAUUGCUGCGCUUCCAAACAGCGUUCAAAUUGGAAACGGGAAAGCGAAAAAAGUACGCCUGGUCAAUGCAUCGCCUGCCCCAUCUAGAAGCCGCGUGUCUUGGUAAACCCGGGAAAACCGUGAUUCCAAGUGUACCUUCUGUGUAAAUACAUCUGGCGACAACUGCGACUCGCAUGCUGAGCGUUUGACCAGUUACUAUGAAAGAGAGAACGAAAGUGCAAUUAGCGCUUUGGUAACGCUUUUUGGAAUUUCGCGAAACGAUACUACCAAUCAUCGGAAGCAAAAAUAGAAACAAAUCGCAAAGCAGGCAAAUUCAGUCAUUACGAACAGCAGCCAGGAUAUGACAAUUGGAAUUUUAGUAAACUGUGCAUUGAUGAGAGGUAUUUAUAGGAAAGCUGUCAAUAACGCCUCAGUUUUAUAUUUCCUGUCAGACUGAUAUUUACGGCCCAUCGGGUACGCACGGAGGUUUUGAAACAUGAUCAACAAUCAGAAAGGCUUCAUCUUGUCAAACAUCAGAGAUAUUUCUGAGGAAUGUGAAGACGUCACGCGCAAACGGGACCCCACACUUAUCCCAUCUGUCCGAUUUCGCAAGUAGCCAGUCAGCUGCAGUUCGACUCCUAAAAAACUCGCAUCAUAAUUAGAUUAACUCACGCAAGUACGCUUGUCAACUUAAUGGACUGAGUUAGCACUCAAAGCUCCUAUUCCUAUAUUUUUCAGCGGGACAUUUAGCAUUGAUUAUAUUCUUAAUCAAUCAAAACAGUUCCACAGAUUAACUGAGCUGUAGAACCGAAAAUAUGUCCCAAAAACUCCGUGCAAUAUCCGUUAAAACGUCAAUCGUGAAAACAUGUAAGUUAUGCAAGAGGCUGGGUGUGUGCAUGACGCUUCCUGCAUAAUGUGUCCCGGCAACUAAGUGCAAUGUAGGUGGAUACAGUAGGUGGGCUAACUCAUGAAAUGUCAACCGAAAUUUCGAAAUUCGUUCUCGUUUCGAAAAGAUUAAUUGAGUAGAGUUGUGAAACUAACCAUCAUACAGUAUAUUUUUACAAUAAGCCAGUUACCUCAGGGUCCCGGCUUUCGAAUGAAAUUAUUUCCGACUGCGUGCAGGAACUACACUCUGCAAAAAAUGACUUCUUAGGCAGCAUGCAAUUUUCUUAUUGAGUUUUGACACUCUUAAAUUUCCAACGAUAUUUUAUGAAAAACAAGCAUGAAUAUACUACGUUUUUGGUAGAAAACCACGUCUUCUUUCAAGUUCAUAUCCAAAGGAUGAGCAUAUUUCGGUUUUAAAAAAAUUUUCGAAUUCCGGAAUAAUUCUGUACCCGACUUGCAUACAUGAUUUCUAAACAACAAGCCAUAUAUUUUCCGUGUUCACAAAAACAUACAUUUAUCUACGGUAUUAAGAGGAUACCAUACGGGGUUAAUUAAAAUUAUGUUGUGGAUUUGAGCAAUAUUGUGACCUUUACAAGUCACAUGGGUAAAUGGAGAUACAUGGCGUUAUAUGAACAGCCCCUUCACGGUAUUAAAAAAUGUCAUAAUUAGAAAACGAUUUAAGACCGAAUUACACUACCCCUCUGAGUAUAAAAUUGAGAGAAGUCGUGGUUUUCUACCGAAUAAGUGGACGAAUGAGUAUUUUCAUGCAUGUAUUCCAUGAAGUAUAAUUGAAUUUUUACGGGUGUCGAAAAUCAAUAAGAAAAUUGCAUGCUACUUAAGUAGUCUCUUUUUGCAAAAUGCAGUUCUUGCAAGCAGGUGGAAAUAAGCUCUUUCGAAAGCCGGCACCCUGAUGCCACUGGCUUAUUAUACAAGUAUGCUGUACGAUGGUUAGUUUCACAACACUACUUAAUUAACCUUUUCGAAAAGAGAACACAUUUCGAAAUGUCGUUUGACAUUUCAUAAGUUUGCCCACCUACUGUUUGUCUAAGACCAACAUAAUUGGAGGUGUGUUUGCCAUGAAAUAUUUGCGAUGACAGACAAAUGUAUGUUAAAGUGGUAUGCCUGCAGGAUACGCGCUUAUUAUCCGCCGACCAGUUUGGAAUUUUUGUAUUGAAAAUAUGUGGUGAUUUCUUGCACCAAAUAUCGGUAAAUCUGCAUUUUAAAUUAAUUUAAUUUACCGAUGUUUAAUAAUUCUGCGUGUAAUGUCAUAUUGGAGAAGGACACUCAUUCUGGGGUUAUGUCCAUGUGUCUUAAUGCGAUUCUGAAUUAAUACGUGCUGGGCCGGGGAUACGGUUCUUUGGACAGAUAGUCUUAACUACCCUGCCCAAUGCGUGUUCUGUAAUGAAACCAACUAAUGGGCGUAGGCAUAUGUUCUUCCUUACCACUAAACUUAACUUAUAGGCAACAGUCCACAGUCAGUUUGCACUCCAUCUAUUUCGGAUGAGUAAAACCCUGGGGCAACAGUUAACUGUCCACCAGUUCGCACUACUCCCUGCACCGAUAGAAAAGUUGGUUAUGUCAAAUUAGUCAACAGUUUUUUCCUACCAUCUGCCUAUUGGCGGCUUGGUAAUGAUACGUGGUCAUUUUGGUGAAAAUAUUACCACUGCCUUCCCGAACGACCUUGAUGGUGUCUGGCAGUAAAGAAUUUCAGUGAGUCUGUGGCAGUUCGCGUCUCCUUGCCCUCCGCUGCUUGUCACGCUGUCCACCUGUCAACCUCACACUCCCUGUCGAUCGACGCCAAUCAGCACUGUCUCUUCUCUGAUUGGCUGGCGGCGGGCAAGGAGACGUGAACUGCCACAAGUCAAACAUAUUGAUUUUUGAGCAAAAUUUGGAGCAUGACGAUCCAUUGCCGUUUGACAUACUCAAGUACGCACGCAGGGGUGUGACUGCCUAUGCAUGUCCAGUCCAAUUCAGCUCAGGUCAUUUGUGGGUAGUGUAGGUCUGCACCUUUGAACUUAUACCAUCUCAAAAAUUGGAAAAGGUGUCACAAAGGUAACAAGUAAUAGGAUAAGCAUCAGUUCUGUACAGAUAGACGGACUGUUUCAAGUGUUAGCGGUUCGAGCAGUAGUACAGUAGUUGUUUGGAGUGCAGUGGAAGAAAGGUAUCCCAAUUGACAAUGAAUGCAUGGGUACAUGUCAGUAAGCGCAGGCGCUGGAUUGGAGAUAAUAAUAAAUUUCACUAAAUAUGUUACCGAAAUAUAGAAAGUAGUAUAGAAACGAUGGGGUUUUCGCUUUUGCCAAGGUUACAGAGGUUGGAUGGCAUUACAGUGGACACCGCUAUACAAAUCCAGCUUCAUCUUAAAGACCUCGAGAAAAGCUGACAUAACGACAUCCAGAGGCAGGGUAUUCAAAGCUUCGAGCACUCCGGUGGUGAAGAUGAACUUUCGUGUGCCCAGCCCGGCCCCGAUCACGUGUAGUUUGGAUGGAUGACCUAUUGGGUUCGUGGUUGUUGUUAACUUGAGGAAAUCCCCUAGUACAAGGCUGCAGUACUGCUCGCGUAUGAUACGAAUUGAUUGUAUCAGGUCAUCCCGUAACAGCCUGUAACACGAGGGACAAAGAUCAAGAUUAGGUAACUGUGUUUCAUAGGGUAGUGAAUCCUGUUCUGCCACAAGAUUCGUGCCACGCAUUUGAGCCCGUCCAUGGACGCUAAGAUCUCUAAGCUUGGAUAGCAAACAUGGAUUGCGGCAGAACAAACGUUCGAAAGACUUUAGCUAACCAGUCUUCGCCAAGGGCAGAGAAAGGCCGCUUGACAGAACAGACAACUGACAUUGCAGACUUGGCUGCCUUCGUGCACUGCAGCGAGGCUUUGAGCGAGAUCGUAAUCCAUAUUCCCAGCUCCUGCGAGUCCACUUCUUGCAGUGACAUAUCAUUUAGACAGAAAGCCAUUGGACUCAGAGAGCUGGUUCUGCCGACUUGAAAAAUACUGCAGCUGUUCUCACUGGACGGUACUAUUGGAGUAAGUUAGGUUCGCCUGCACAUGCUCUUCGUAUUUGCAGGUCGAAUGACGCUACAAAGCUUAAUAUCAUCCGCGAACAAGGCGAAACCACAAUCCAGUUCACAAACGCGUCCAUUGAAAUAAACAAUGAACAGAGUCGGAUAAAGUACUGAGUUUUGGGAACGCCGCUUUCAACGGCAACCUCAGCCGACUGCUGGUCACCAACAUCAACAGAUUGAGAACGGUCAAAUUGGAAGUUUAGGAAUCAUUUUAAGAAAUUAUCCUUAACGUCUGUUUAAUUUAGUUUGUGCAGAAGUCUCUGACGUGAGACACUAUCAAAUGCCUUUUUAAAGUCAAUAUAGAUUGCAUACAGCGUAUUGUCUUCAUCAAAUGACCGAGUUCAGCGUUUCAAACUGUUGAGCAAGUUAGUCAAGCAAGACCGGCCGCUACGGAACCCAUGCUGCGCAUCAGAUAAUAGAUUAUGCUGCUCUAAGAAGCGCAUUAGAUCUCGCUUUAUUAUGUUUUCCAUAAUUUUGCAGCAGGUGGAAUUGGGGCUAAUUGGUCUGCAAUCUUCUUCAGAGGCCGUGCUACCAUCUUAGUAUAUCGGGCUGAUCCGCUAAGAUAACCAGACGACCUAGAACGAAUCCAGGAAAAGCAUGGCCUGUGGUUAGGCUAGUUCAGUAAGGAGCUCUUUCAGUAACCUAGACGGUACGUAAUCUGGGCCCGGUGAUUUCCACUUAUUUAGCGUCAUCAGCUCUUUGCGAAAAGUCGCCUCAUCAAAAGAUACAGCCUCAAUUUUGGACCCUCAUCAAAGUCGUAGUCGAGAGUUGUAAAUGCGCUUUCGCGCGUAAAGAUAGAUUUAACAAAUUGUGAAAGGUGUCCAGUUUUUGCUCCAUCCUCACUAAUAUCUAGGUCCCCGCUUGUCAUUCAGGAGGUGGAAAGGAUCUCUGUUUCGCGUGCUGCUUCCUAUGUAAUUGCAGAAUAAUUUCCGAUUUUCCACAACAGGUUUCCGUAGGUUCCUCUGUGCUUUGUGUGCGUUUACGAACGCAGGUUUUCUCUCAGUGACAGAUUUCUGCCGCAAUCGCCGCCUUUUAUUUACUUCCUAUUUUAACGCCUGAGUCAUCUACCGGGGUCGCUUAUUUAGACCCGUCCGUGAACAUUUUCCAAUCCUCCGCUAUAUUUCCGCAAAUGACUGAUUCCCAAUCUGUAUUGUUGAUUUCGAUCUUCAUUUGGCUGAAGUCCCCACGCAAAAUAUUUCCAAUAAUUUUGGUGGGCUGUUCAGGCAGGGAAAAGAUUGAAUAGUCCCAUUGAAGUACGACGUGAUCGCUUCGACCUAGGGGAGGCAGAAAUUGCACCCUAUCUAUGCUGUCAGCCACUGGAGCCGUUUCCAGUGCCUUGCAAGCGGUUCUUGCAAUCUUAUACUUUAAAAGACGUUUGAGGUCUUCUUUAAUUUCCAUGGAAUCUAAUGCGCAAACUUAGAGUUAAUCUUUCGAAACAUACAUUUUCAAGCACGGCCAGAAUUUCGCUAUGAGCAUUUGAGCUGAAAUCCAUCAAAGAGAAGGUGUGGCGAGGGCGAAGAUACUAAGCAUGCCCGAUUCAACUAUGGUGACGUUUACUUCCAAAUGCACUGACCAAUGGCCUAAUAAAGUACGGCUACCUACUACGACGCAAAUGCUGUACAAAACGUGUGAAAUAUAACAUGAUAUUUUAUGGACGCGCACAGUUCAAUAUGCAGUCUCAAGCAAUGUGAAAUGCCAUCAGUAUUCAGAAAUAAACGCACGAAUGCAAACAUCAUAAUUCACCGUAGUAACUGGUCGUCUUACAGGAAGGUCACGGAGCAGAAGAUACAAAACACCUCUACGAACGUCUUCCAAAUAAAGACUAACUGCAAUCCUUUCAAUUCCCAAGGUGCAUUAGUUACGUUCACUCGCGAAAUAUUAAACUAAAUUCCGAAAUGCGUUUUCCUUUCGAAAGGACUAAUCAAGUUGCGUUGUAAAAGUUGUGACCGUACAACCUUAUUCUAUAAUAAUCUAGUUACUUCGGGAUGCCGGCUUUCUAGCAAACUUCUUUUCGGUUGCAGGCAAAAGUCAAACCAUGCAAAAAAUGAGUACUUACGUCAUAAAUUUUUCUCAUUUAUUUUCGAGGCCCUUAAAAAUUUGAUUAUAUUUCAUAGAAAAUAUGUAUAGCAAUAUUCCCUCUUCUACUCAUUCGGUAAAAAUGAUUUUGUCUUCGAAGUUUAUACUCGAAAAAAUAUUACAAUUUGGUUUUGAAAAAUCUUUCCAAAUCCCGAAUAAUUUUGAACCCUAUCUGCCGUUGCAGGGUUUCCAAACUACAAACCACAUAUCUUCUGCGUACAGAAAUCUCUAUAUAUCUACAAGGUAUUCUGAGGAGACCAUAUAGGGUUCAUAGAACUUAGUAGUGGAUCAGUGCCAUAUUGUUGACUUCAUAAGCCACAUUAGUAAAUGUAGAGCAAUGAAGUUUUAUGAAUGGCCAUUUCAUAGAAGUAAAAAACCCCACAAUUAGAAACGUCUUUAAAACCGAAUAACACCAUUUUUGUCGAGCAUAAAUUUGAAAGAUUACAUGCGUUUCUACUGAAUGAGCACAAUAAUGCAUAUUUUUAUGAAUAACAUCUAUGAAACAUGAUUAAAUGUUUAUGCACAUCGACACUAAAUGAAAAAAUUGCAUGGCGAACAAGCAGCCCCUUUAGCAGAGUACAGUUUCUCCAUGCAGAUGAUAAGACGCUCGUUCCGAAGCCGUCAUCCUGAGAUAACUAAAGUAUUAUAGACCUGCGCUGGACAAUGAUUAGUUCUACAACCCCACAUAAAUAAUCUUUUCUAAACGAAAACGCAUUUCUGAAUUCCGUUUGACAUUUCACGAGUUAGUCCACCUACAGUAUCACUUCUUGGCAGCGCCAGUAGGAAGUCCUGUAACCGUGACUCGGGAUGCGAGAGGGACGAACGCAGUGGACUAAAACCGAGCAAAAAACAACUGUCAAAAUAACAAGCGACGCAUUGCGUGAAUACAGCCUUGGCUACGAUGAUGACACACUGUUAGAUAUCACGGUUGACACCUAGCAGCAUCGGCAAGCCGGAAGAGCAGGAAAACCUACGUCGUCGUUAAUUGCAUCUUUACGCGUAGGAUGUUAUAACGGCCUUAGCAGUAUUUGUUAUUGUCAGCGCAUUUUAAACCACUAUUUAGGUUUGUUUUCACAGAUUUCAUUAACCGAGUCUCCAGCAGAAUAAUACAGAAACCAUACUCACGGCCACGGAUCAGAGGAUAAAACACUCCUUUUUUGACGUCUUUUAAUAAAGACACUCUGGAGUCCUAUCAAGGCUUGAGGUAAGAUUUUUUGGCAGCGAAAAUACGGACUAAAAAGGGCUAAAAAGGAGAAAAAAAUAACUCUUAAAUUAAAACGUGACGCAUUUCGUGAAUAUUUUAUUAGCUACGAUGAAGACGCCUCGUUGAAUAUCAGGGUUAACGCCUAAGAUCAUCGGCAGGCCGGAGGAGCAUUUGUUAACUCCAAUUAGGAAAAUCUACGUCGUCGUUAAUUUUAUUUUUAGACGUAGAAUGUUAUAACGGUGUUAACAGUUUUGUUAAUGCCAGCAUAUUUAAACGUACUUUUUAGAUGUGUUUCAACAGAUUUCAGCGUACUGCAAGGCAGGGGAAUUCAUGUGAUAACACAUUGACAUGCGGGUGAGGGUAGAGAAACCUCCUACUAUGUGAAUGCAAUUUGGCAGCUUACGAUGCAGACAUAAUCGUGAGUUUCGUGGAUGUGAGAAGUGAAAAAUGACUCGUCAAUUAAAAUUCCACUUGCCACUGCACAGUAGCCUGCCUAAUCUGGAUUGCAAGUCAAGUGCAGUAAUCGUUCGCUAGCUCCUUCUCUGACUUUCACGGCUUCACUCUAUCGCGGAUCGUCAAUCCACGCAUGCCUAGAUACAGAUCGUGACCGCCCUCAUGAAAUUUUGGCCAAAAUUCUGCAAUGCCUGCACGAUUUAAUAUACUUACAACAGUGAAACUGCGUUAUUUAUUAGCAUGCCACAUAGUCCUGUAGUAUUUCGUGCUUGUCAGGGUGUCGGCUUUUAAAUACACAUCUUUACGGCUUCCUGCAGCAAAUGCACACGGUAACAAUGACUACUGAAUUAGCACUCACCUUUCACAUUACUUUUCGAUGGUCAUAUAAAUUCACAUAUACGUUUUGUAGAACAUGCACCAACAUAUGCCCUCUUCUACGUGUUUAAUGGAAAAUCACAAUGUCGUAACAUUUUAUACCAGGGAAAAAUGUUUUUAAGUUCCUGAAUAAUUUUGAGCCUGAUCAGCGUUGGCAUUUAGUGAAUUCACACUAAAAGGUUUAUACUUCCGAGUAAAGAACAUCACAUAUUCCUCUAUGCCUCUAAGAAGAUAUUUAUGAAUUUCUAAAAUGUUGUAAUGGAUGCGGACUAUGUUGGGCAUUUCAUGAGGAGCAUUGAUAAACGGACAUAUGCGAUGUUGUGUGUAUUGGCAUCGCAGAUCUAAAAAAUCCCACACUAAGAAGCUGUUACAAAACGUAAAUAUACACUAUCCUCGGGUAUGAUAUUUUGGGACAAUGCGAUUUUCUACAAAACGGGUAAAAGAAACCGUAUUCUUAUGCAUAUUUUCUAUAAAACAUGUUUGACUUUUUAAGACCAUCGAAAAUCAAUGUAAAAAUGGCAUGCCAAUUCAGUAUUCAUUUUUUAUGAAUGUGGUUUCUGUAGUAGGACGAAAAGAAAUGCAUCGAAAAACCGACAUCCUGGCGAGCACGAAAUACUACAGGAUUAUGCUGCAUGCUAAUCAGUGUUACAGCUCCACCUUAGUACUCCCUCCAAAUCGAAAGGGCAUUUCUAAAUUUCGGCCAACAUUUCGUGACAUCGCUCACACACUGUAUAUAACGCGGAAUGUAAGUUGGUUCGCGUUUCUGUUAUGUGUUUCCUCGGGUGUUUUGGCAAGAUAUUUUUCUGAACAUUAAGUCGACGAUUGUAGUUUUUCAAAUAUGUACUAUUGCAUUGCAUUUAUAACUGUACUGUGUAAUAAAUAAAACUACUUGAAGAUAUACACACAUAUAGCUGUGAGUAGUAGAUACAAGGUAUGAACAACUACAUAAUUUCAAUGAAUGUUAUCUAGUAUCUACGCGACUGUAAGGGGUUUAUGCUGUAUAACCGUGUAAAAAGUGUUUGAAGGGUGCACGAUGGUGUAUAAGGGUGUAAAGUAUGUAAAAAUCGCCACAAAACGCACGAUAUUUAAUUGGCGGACUUUCGCUUUUCGCAGGAGUCUUGGAAAGCAAUCGCCGCGAUCCAGCAAGGGUCAUUAAAUUAAUUUAGCGCUCCCGGUGAAUUAGGGAACAUGCACAGAAUUUAUAAAUCAGCUUUAAAUUGGCAUGUACACAAAACGUUUAAAUUUGCGCUAAUUCCGCUCCAGACCUACGAUCAAUAAUCAUGCGUGAUGCAGCCCCUUUCUCGUUGCUCGUACUGUGGCCUCCACGAGGGCAUUAGCAUGAUGUCAGCGCAAUUUCACACCAUCACAUGCACGCUAUCACGACCACCGCCGGUGGGGUGUUCAUGGUCAAGGAAUUUCCGUUGUCCUAUUAUUGGUGCGCAUGAGGCGAUGCAAAACAACCGUAAAAACAAUGCGCUCCGCAUAUGGUAGAAGACGGCCUUGCCUACACCAGGCACACUUUCCACUAGUGCUCCUCUCACGGCAGUAUAAAUAGAUCUGCUAAAAGCAGAAGGACCAUAUAUUUCCGUCUACCCAACGGUUUUAAUUUCGUGCCGACUGACAUUUUAGUUUGAGCAACAUCCAAUGUUUCUUCUGCCAUCAUUGACUGCUCUGGUCUUUUUAAAUUUCCGACCCUGCAACUGCCGUAAGUUAAGAAAUUCAAACAUUACCUUCACACGCUUUAAGAGGGACGUCUUCUAGCUGUUCAGCAAGACACCAACAUCGACUAUCUUUUCGCGAUUGAUUCUUCCUAUGUGGUAUGUGAUUUAAUAACUGCUAACUAAUUUGAAACCUCUAAAAUAAAACAUGUUUACACAAUUUCUUUCUCGUAGUUUCAUUCGUCGACUUCCGGAUUUGUGCAGGGAACGGCACAACGUCCAUGUCAACCUCCGACUAAUUGUGUAGAAUUUUACCCAGGUGUGUUGCUGAACCUCUUUUAUUGUUCUUCUUCAUUUCAACGUUCUCGAAUGUCGACAUCAUAACGCCAUCCUAGACAGGUACUAUAUAAUUCAAAGUGAACAAGAUAUAUCUUUGAAUGUAGACUAGGAGUGGAAUGUAAAUUAGAUCGCAAUAAGACCACUUACAACUAUAGUAUUUGCACAUAAUAAUAAUUUGUAAUCGUUUCUCAAGCCACAAGCCUGUAACCUAGUCAGCCCAAUUAUACUUUCGUUUGUGACCUUUUAUUGACUUCUCCAUUAAAGAAAAGAGGAGUUUUAUGAUCAAGGCCGACAGUCACGCAAACUACUCUGCGGUAAUUCUCACGCCCGAAGCAUCUGACCGAGCUCCAAUCGCAAUCGUCAUAGUGAAUGAGGGUGAAUUUAUUCCAGGUAUGUUUUAAAUAAUACUGCACUUGCCAAAACCUUGAAAGUUAGAACUUGUCUCUAAAAACAAGCUCCAUAAAUCUGUUCGUUAAUCAAGGAAAUUAAAACCUAUUAACUUAUCUCCCUGUUACAUUCGUAGACCUUCGUGGCGUCCAGUUCAUAAAACCUGUUAUCUUCAAAUCGUUCAAUGAGAAUUCAUUUGGCGUGAUCUUGGAUGAAAAUGUAAAGGUAAUGGAAGAACAAAUAAAUUUCAUAUUUAUCUAACUGAUUUGAAACAAUGCGUUUUAACUUAGUCAGUCUGCGGUUCGAAAAUUCACUGCCCCAGAAGAUUUUAACUUAAGCAGUUUUGAUUGUUUUCAGGAAUUUAAACUCAUGGGAAACAUCAGCAAAUAUGGCUCGCCUUCAACUGGGACAGGCCUGGAAAUAGUUAUUCCGAAUGGUAAAUUACUUUCCACUUAAUUGGACAAAGAAGCGCCAAAAGUAUUUACCUCCAGUUUACAUUUUUAGAACGAGUUAACGGUGGACAGUACAAAAUCAUGAGAGUUACAGGACGUAUGGCGACGCAACGUCUAUCAUUCUCCUUGACAGACAAUGCUGGAAACUCACCUACGUACGAUUUCACACCUAGCAGCAAUGCACCCAUUUUGAUGAUGCAAACACAUUUACUUCAGUGGCCGAAGACAUCCAAAGCAUCAGGAGCGUUGGAACAUGCAAAAUGGAGCGCCUUGCUCAUAAGCGUGACUGUCCUGUAUACACUUUAAAAGGCAAGCAAAACAUAGGCCAGUCGAGAACAGUGUUAAGCAUUCCUUAUAUUUUGUCAUUAAAAUCUGUAUUUGAAUAGUGUUCGUUCUUUCAGUCUUCAAAGGGUUUGUUGAAUAGUUUUUUAGGUUAUCGUAUGUCAGUUUGAUAGUGGACAAUUGACAGAACGCCAAAAUGUGGAAAGGAUAUUAAGCGAAAAUUGUUCAGUCUUAAGAAGUGAUAGAACUCACAGCGCCAAAAUAAUUACGGUGCAGUUACGCCUUCGAGGGAAAAGAAGAAGAGGCCAGCAUAAGGUGUGCGUUCUACACAAAACCUCAGCCUGAACGCGUAUCUGUUUGUGAAUGAAAAAGCGUCACAUGAAAAGCAGUCAGUGUCCGCUUGCUCGGCUGAUAGUGGAGUUUGUGGGCGCCUGCGAGUAACCAUCAGCGGGACUGCCAUUUUUCUUGUUUUGUGGCCGGGCGCCGUGAUCAUGUAAUUCCUGGUGUGGGCACCAGAGAUGAAAGGUUUAUUGCCGAGAGAGGUGUUGCAGAAUGGCCUUCGACAAAGACCUAUUGCGAAAGAAGUAGUUUCCCUAGACUAAUAAACAAUAAAUGCGAUUAUGCACACAGAAUACGUCCAGACUUGACUGGGUAUAAUGGGCGCUGGACUUAUGGAUGACGCCUCCAGAAGUGAGCUUCAACUCCGACAGCAGAUUUCCGCUGGCAAUACAUUUAAAUGCCUUUCCGCCAGAUGAUUCAGCGUCGAAUUACAGCAAUUCAGACGACAGGUCAGCAGAUUUAUACUCUCCCUUCGAGGUGGAAUAGUCAACCUCGAGCUGAACUAAAAGUAGAUGCUUGGUCUAACUGACGAAAUUGUGGAAAAGUCAGCAACCUCGAUGUGAUAUGGAUCCACUUUAAGAGGGUCAACGCUGUGUUCUGAUAAACGCUUUUACAACCUCAGCAAUGAUGCCUCCAAUGGAAUGGAAGGAAUUCCGCAAACGAUGGGAAGGAGACGCUCACUGAACAAAAAUUGACAAGGGUUUAGUCAAGGAUUGAAAAGAAUAGGGCGAAUUGACUCGGAAUGUAGUGGGACCUGGAGGUUAUUCUAGGUUUAUGAGAUAGUAAUGUAAAUGUACCUUGUUUGGAUUCCGACUACUGAGGCGCUGGUCAAAUGCAAACAUUUUCUUCAGGUUAAACUUCUAAGAGUUUAUGCCAGCAAAUCUGAAAUUUUGAUGGUUUUGCGAAUACAAGGACCGAAACGCAGACAACUCGUCCGGCUUGAGGGAAAUAUAGAUUGGUAGUUUUCAAGUUGUGUGACCAAGAGUAUGAAAUGGCCGUUUAAAAUAUGCAGGUUUAUUAUGGCCUUGGUGUGCGAGGAGACGGUGAAGAACUACUGGGGAUAUAUAUAGCUUUCGGACGCAAGCUAUGUAAACAAUCGCAUUGCUAUAUCCGCAUGUUAGCACGCGUAAUGCUAGCAUGUCCUGAUUCCCACAGUGGACGCGACCGGUCCACUGCACCGUUAGACGGCGUGAAACCACCAACGCCAUAACCAGUCUCCGUGAUUUCGUUCCUCUUUCAAAAUGUGUUCAAAGCCUCAGCGUAAUACCACGGCAGUUCGAGGGAUCACAAGUCCUUAUGCCUUGAAUACGGAACCCAAGUUUCGCAAACUUAUCUCCGUUUAUGUCUGAUGCUUGUUUGUGUGUGCUCAGGUACUUAUUGGCAUUUCCAGAUUCCGGUGGUUUACCGGCUUGUCCUAGUCCGAAUGAACAAAAUGUUGGCUGAAACAGUGAGAGGUUAGUCAUUCCGCCCAUUUACCAGUACCAUCCUUGAAUCCUCUGAUGUUAUUACUAAAUAAAUUGCCUCUCAACUCCUCGCAAUGCAUCAAACGAGACAAGUUUUUUAUAGCUAUUGGGUAGAUAUAUGAAAAACGCCUGCGACCUAGCUUAUUUGUGCAUAUGAUUUAAUGAAAGCGUUUAACUCCAUGAUCCACUUUGGAUAAGACCAGAUACAGUAGAAUUACAGAGAAACAUUUUUUAAGGCGCAAAAAAUGCAAAAUUCGGCGUUCGAUGUGUUUCAAUAGAAAACACGGCCAUGCAAUGGAAAGGCAUUGUGGCAUUGUCUUUUAUAUUUUCAGCAGUUGUAAAUAUAAAACAUCAGGUUAUGUCCGCCAGCCAAAUAAGAAAACACAUCAAUCACAAGGACGUGGUUUGUGUUUGAACUAUUGGUGAACGUUAUGUCUUUGUUCACAAGCGUGCGGUGAGUGUUUUCUUUACUCCUUCGUAGAGGAUUACAUUUUAUACUUAAGGAAAGUGUUGAUUUAGGUUUUUUAAAAGUUUUACAUUGUGGGAUUAUUUUAAUCCGUUCGACGUCCAUUCAUACAGCAUCGUAUUUGUCCAUUUUUGAAUGCUUAUCAAGAAAAACCCAGCACUGUUCUCAUCCAUUAUGUAUUUUAUGAACGCUCUGUGGCAUAAUCUUAAAGGCAUAAGGAAAUAUAGGCAUCCCUUUAUGCGAAAAAAAAUGUACCUUGCCUUGAAGUCGGUAAAUGCCAAUACAGCGGCUGAUAGUGCUCAAAAUUAUCCGGUAAUAAGAAAACUUGCUCAAAAGCUAAAUAUACCCUUUCUUCGGCUACACGCUGUGAGACCAACAUCAUUCUCCCUCAAAUGAGUGAAGGAAAGCAUGUUAAAUUGCGUUCUUCUUAUAAAACAUUUAAAUUUAUAUGACUUCCUAAAAUCAAUGUAAACCUGCAUGCAAAUUAACUAGUCAUAUUUUAUCGAGUGCUGUUUCCAUAGGAGUUUGAAAAAAGCGCAUUCAAAACCGGACACUCUAGCAAGUCUGAAACACUGUAGGAUUAUGCUGCAUGGUUAUUUAUUUUACAACUCCAUCCAAGUGAGCCUUUUUUACCGUACUCUAAAACAAAAAAGCCCUUUGUCACUGUAUGGAAUUACGGCUAGUAAGUUUCUGAAACCGACGGAUGCACAGUUUUCUUCGAUGAUUUUUAAAUUGGACCCACUAUAUCCAUCACAUCUGUGCGCCACUUAUUCUGCAGGGGUACAGCUAAUCGUCCUAAUUCGGACAUCUAUAUUUCAAUUAUUGACCUGUUGCCUCGGUGAGCUAAUAGGUCCUUGUCUUAUAUGCUCGUUUCGACCUGUACUUAUGUCCUGCGAUGCACAAAAUGUCUGUCCUACGAUGACAAAUCGUCUUAGAAUUCAAUAUACGUCAGCUCGUGGGGCAUGUGGUGAAAGUGAUUAUAUUAUGCCGGAUGAAUUAUUUAUUCGUUAGUAAUCAAAACAGCUAUAUACUAAUACACCUCUUGGAAACCUUCGCAAACGUAAGGAUCCAUUGAUCGUUCCACAGAAAUUUUUAUUUGCACGGACUUGACAAAUUUUCGAAAUAAUAUUCCUAGGCCAUUAAGCAUGAUUGACUAGACUAUGUGGUCAGAAUCCAUUCAUCCCAACAGCACAUGGAAUCUUAGGAAUAAUCUACUUUGGCGCCGAAAACGGGAAGAUUACCGGUAGAAACCCCACAAAACUUGGUCCCAUUCCGUGCUGAAUGUUGCUUUGCGCGGGCGGUUGCUACACGUCAGCUCACUUAGAAGGCUGUCGCAAUCUCAUGAAAAUAUCGACCGGUGCCUUUCAUCUAAGGCAAUAACAAAAAUCCCGCUCGGCACGAGGAGGACAAUUAAAAACCACCCGCACCCCAGAGACGUAGAGAAAAACACUUUGUAGCAUCAAACAAAGUCCUGCUAUGCCAAGACACCCACUGAUGUCUCAUCGUACAGACGUCAGGCUAAAGAGUUAUGAUUUACGGCUUUUAUGCUUUCUUGAAAAUGAAUCGCUAGCCUGAAGCAACGCAGUCUAAACUAAGCUUCCUUAGCUUGGGCAGAGUGCUUGUGAAGUUUUUAAAGACAGUCAAAUGAUCAAGCCUACGUCAUUGCCUACGUUCUUUUUCACAGUGGCGCUUAUCAAUUACACAACAUUUUCGGUCUUGAUUACAAAAAUUUCUGAGCUAUUUAUGACUUCUUCUUAAAAGGACAAAGAAAAUCACGUUGGUUUCUUACUCGGAAAAUAUAGAUCAUUCAGUUGAUUAGCCCUAAACAAAAGUCGAUUCUAAAGUUUUGAAAAGUCGAAAAUAUCAUGAGUUCUGCAGAUACCCGUUUCAGAUAUAAUCGUUUGGCAAAAAAGUCUAAAAAGACUUGUUUAAUGCAUAGUUUUAUAAAGUUCACCAUGGCCUAAAACGGCACCAUAAAUCAAUACGGAGAAUUCAUAUACCAAGCGCGAUUUUAGGCAGUGGGUUUGGAUAAAGCGCAUACGGAAUCUGGUAGUUUGAACUGAUUACCAUAUCUUUGGAUUAUGCCGUACGAUAAUUAAUACUGCAAUAUCGCGUAAAAAUAUGUACAUUCAGAAACGCGUUGCAGAAUCUUAAUUAGUAUUGUUGACAUAGCCCGCAUAUUGUAUGCUAAGAUUAAAAAUCAAAGGUUCGCCAUGUCUGCCGUAUUGGAUUCAGCGUCAAAAUUCAUAUUCAAAAGAGAUCGCUAGUUAAAUUGACAGUUAAAUCAGCAGUCGGCCUAUGAAGCCUGUUCGUAUUGAGCGAGUGCGGAUUAUAGUAUUUUUUCUUACACGCAGGGAAACACUUUCCCAACUUAUAUGUGAUUAAUUGAUAAACGGACAGAAUGUUUAUUUUGCACUCCUUAUAGUUCUCUACUUCUGGAAAGCGAAUGAGAAAUCCGUGAAUAUUUUAUGUGUGCCCAAGUAUUUCAAGGGAUAAAAGAGUAAUGGAAGUAAUCUUAUUAAACAUAUUGACGUCUUCUAAACCAUCUGAUGUGUCACGGGUUGACAAACUCCAGCAUUAUUUCAUUUUGCAGCAUAGCCGACAAAACUUAACGUUAAGGUCUGGCCUUACCUUAAUGACAGAAUGGGUAAUGCCUUUCUUUAAUGAAGAAUACAUUGCUGCGCUUCCAUGCAGCGUUCAAAUUGGAAACGGGAAAGCGGAAAACGCACGGCUGGUCAAUGCAUCGGCUGCCCCAUCUAGAAGCCGCGUGUCUUGGUAAACCCGGGAAAACCGUGAUUUCAAGUGUACCUUCUGUGUAAAUACAUCUGGCGACAACUGCGACUCGCAUGCUGAGCGUUUGACCAGUUAUUAUGAAAGGGAGAACGAAAGUGCAAUUAGCACUUUGGUAACGCUUUUUGGAAUUUCGCGAAACGAUACUACCAAUCAUCGGAAGCAAAAAUACAAAUAAAUCGCAAAGCAGGCAAAUUCAGUCAUUACGAACAGCAGCCAGGAUAUGACAAUUAGAAUUUUAGUACACUGUGUACUGAUGAGAGGUAUUUAUAUGAAAGCUGUCACUGAUGCCUCACUUUUAUAUUUCAUGUCAAACUGAUAUUUACGACUCAACGGGCACGCACCGAGGUCUUUGAAACAAGAUCAACAAUCAGAAAGGCUGCAUCUUGUGAAAUAUCAGAGAUAUUUCUGAGGAAUUGGAAGACGUCACGCGCAAACGGGACCCCAUCUGUCCGAUCUCGCAAGUAGCCAGUCAGGUGCAGUUCGUCUCCUGAAAACUCGCAUCAUAAUUAGAAUAACUCACGAAAGUACGCUUGUCAACUUAAUGGACAGAGUUGGCACUCGAAGCUCCUAUUCCUAUAUUUUUCGGCGGAACCUACAGCAUUGGUUAUAUCUUGAAUCAAUCAAAACAUUUCCAAAGAUUAACUGAGCUGUAAAACCGAAAAUAUUUCCCAAAAUCUCCGUGCAAUAUCCGUUAAAACGUAAAAAAUGUAAGUUAUGCAAGAGGCUGGGUGCGCGCAUGACGCUUCCUGCAUAAUGUGUCCCGGCAACUAAGUGCAAAGUAGGUGGAUACAGUAGGUGGGCUAACACAUGAAAUGUCAACCGAAAUUUCGAAAUGCGUUCUCGUUUCGAAAAGAUUAAUUAAUUAGAGUUGUGAAACUAAUCAUCAUACAGCAUAAUUGUACAAAGAGCCAGUUACCUCAGGGUGCCGGCUUUUGAAUGAAAUUAUUUUCGACGGCGUCCAAAAUUACACUCUGCAAAAAAUGACUUCUUAGGCAGCAUGCAAUUUUCUUAUAGAUUUUCGAAACUCAUAAAAAUUCAAUGAUAUUUCAUGAAAAACAUGCUUGAAAAUAACCAUUCGUCUACGUAUUUGGUAAAAAACCACGUCUUCUUUCAAGUUAAUACCCAAAGGAUGAGUAUACUUUUGUUUUUGAAAAGAAUUUCUCAUUGCGGAAUAAUCCUGUACCCGAAUUGCUCUUAUACUUGUAUACAGGGUUUCCAAACUACAAGCCAUAUAUUUUCCGUGUACAGAAAAACAUACAUUUCUUUACGGUAUUAAGAGGAGACCAUAUGGGGUUAAUUUAAAUUAAAUGGUGGAUUUGAGCAAUCUUGUGACCUUUACAAGCCACAUGGCUAAAUUCAGAUACAUGACGUUUUAUGAAAGGGCAUUUCGCGGUAUUAAAAAAUGUCAUUAUUAGAACCUGUUUUAAGACCGAAUUAUACUACCCCUUCGAGUGUAAAAUUGAAAGAAGUCGUAGUUUUCUCCCGAAUAAGUGGACGAAUGAGUAUUUUCACGCAUGUUUUUCAUGAUAUAUAAUUGAAUUUUUACGGGUGUGGAGAAUCAAUAAGAAAAUUGAAUGCUGCUUAAGCAGUCAUUUUUCGGAAUGUAGUUCUUGCACGCAGUUGGAAAGUUCAUUCGAAAGCCGGCACCCUGAUGUAACUGGCUUAUUAUACAGUUAUCCUGUAUGAUUGUUAGUUUCACAACACUGCUUAACUUAUCUUUUCGAAACGAGAACACAUUUUGAAAUUUCGAUUGACAUUUCAUGAUGUAGCUCACUUACUGUAUGUCUAAGACCAAUAAAAUCGGAGGUGUUUUUGCCAAGAAAUAUUUGCGAUGACCGACAAAUGUAUGUUAAAGUGGUAUGCAUUAUCGGCCGACCAGUUUGGAAUUUUUAUAUUGAAAAUAUGCGGUGAUUUCUUGCACCAAAUAUAGGUAAAUCUGCAUUUUAAAUUAAUUUAAUUUACCGAUGUAUAAUAAUUCUCCGUGUAAUGUUAGUGCGAAGUACUUCGUGCUCGGACGGGGAUACGUUUCAUUGGACAGAUAGUCUUAACUACCCUCCCAAUGCGUGUUCUGUAGUGAAACCAACUAAUGGGCGUAAGCAUAUGUUCUUUCCCAAUACUAAACUUAACCCAUAGGCAAGAGUCCACAGUCAGUUUACAGUCCAUCCAUUUCGGAUAAGUAAAACCCAGGGGCAACAGUUAACUGUCAACAAGUUCGCACUGCUGCCAGCACCGAUAGAAAAGUUGGUUAUGUCAAAUUAGUCAACAGUUUUUUCCUACCAUCUGCCUAUUGGCGGCUUGGUAAUAAUACGUGGUCAUUUUGGUGAAAAUAUUAACACUGCCUUCCCGAACGACCUUGAUAGUGUCUGGUGUCUGGUGUGCGGCACUUCGCGUCUCCUUGCCCUCCGCUGCUUGUCACGCUGCCCACCUGUCCACCUCAUACUCCCUGUCGAUCGACGCCAAUCAGCACUGUCUCUACUCUGAUUGGCUGGCGGAGGGCAAGGAGACGUGA